AUGAGGGAGGAAUUUUUUGCCGGAACCCGGAAGCCCAUAGGACUACAAAACAACAUGACCGCUGACCCGGAAGUGUUCUUUGGACGUAUAACGCAAACCGGAAACCGGAAGUCAGCUGACCGGGGACCACGACCGGAAACCAGAAGUGAACCGGCGGGAAAGCUGAGUGCGCCUUUUUUGAAGAUAUUUAAAUGAAUAACUUGUGAAGACAUGUAGCACUUUGAUGAAGACCAUUAUCGGUCGAAACGCGUUAGUGCAAUAUAUUUGGAGAUUCCAUUAUAUGCUUUUUAUUAUGCAAUCUUAUGCAAAAUAAAGGUUUAUUUGAUCCAGUAUUUCUCUACCUGGCAUUUAUCAAGGAGAAACUUCUGAAGGAACCAUUUCAACCUGUUUGUCAGCACUUGGGUCUCCAGGAUAUUUCAAAAGGCGCUUGUAGUCUGAGCCACUCAUUUAGGCUCAGCCAGGGCCGUCUUUAAUAUUGAUUGGACCCUGGGCAAGCAUCUGCUUGGGCCCCCUUGGCAUGCAAUCACUCCCUCCACCCCAACCUAGAGGCGAAACUAAUGUAGAGAGUGCCUUGGUGCAAAAAAAUAAUAAUUCAGGCCUGCCCUGUAGUACAAGAGUAAAGAAAAGAUAGAUCCCCAUCUGUCAUACAACUCCUGCGAUGCUAUGCCAGGUGGGGAUCUACCAUCCUUGCAGGGUUGUAUUUUUGAGCACUGUUUGUGCAAUUGAAUGUCAGCAUGUUAUUGUAUAGAGUGUAUGUGUGCAUGUAGGGGUGUAUUUGUAUGUACUGUUACCAUUGGAAUGCAGUGAUGUACUUGUGUGUAGUGUUUGCGUUUGAAUGCAGUAAUGUGUGAUUGUCUGUAGUGUUGGCUUUUAAAUGCAGGUGUACUUUUGUGUGUAGAGUUGGUGUUUGUAUAUAAUUUUAGCGUUUUAAUACAGGAAUGUGUUUGUAUGUAAUGUUUGUAUUUGCAUGCAGGGGGUUGUUUGGAUGUAGUGUUGUGUACAUUUGUGUGUAGUAUUGGUGUUUCAGCAAACUGGUGUGUUUGUAUGUAAUGUUUGUGUUUGCAGGGCUCUGUUUGCAUGUUGUGUGAUUUCUAUAACACAUAUACACAUACACAUUAACACGCAGAUACACACAUAGGCACACUGACACAUGCUCACACCUUGACACAUACUGGCACAUACACACACACACACACUCAGAUACACACCCUUUGACACACAGAUACAAGCACUUUGAUACACACACACACACACUGGCACAUCCACACACAGAGGUACACACACACACUGACACAGGUAUGUACAUACACACUCAGAUACACACAUACAUAAAGGUAUAAAUGCAGGGGUGUAUAUGUGUACAGUGCUAGAGAUGGAGUGUAUUUGUGUUGGCAUUAAAAUGCUGGGAUGUAUGCAUUACCACACACUCAGAUGCACAUUUACACACACUGACACAUACAUACAUACACACACACAAACACACACACAGGUACACAUACACACUGACACACAAGUACACAUACACAGGUAUACAUACACACAGAAACACUGACACACAGACAAACACAGCCAGAUACAAACACUGACACAAACACAGCCAGAUACACACACUGACACAAACACUACACACACAGGACAUAAACACAGCCAGAUACACACACAUAAACACAGCCAGAUACACACACACAUAUAUGUGUACAUUUACAUAUUUUAAUCUCUGCCUUCUAGCAGCUCUUGGACAGCAACUCCCAGCAACCUUGGCCAUAAUAAUGUCUCAACUCUGUUCUUACAUACCCUGGUUCAGAAUUUGGCAAAAGUGACAUUUGGAAAUGGUAUACAGCCUUUGAUAACACUUGAUGCAAUAAUAUGUUAAAAUAAAUACUUUUAAAAUUUAUAUUUAAUAGGGAACUGUCAGGUUCUUCUAGGAUUUUUAACAUGUACUUAUUCCCUGUGUGUUACAUUACAAACACCAACACUUGAAUAACAGUGAUAUCAGAAAUAAGCAAAACAAAAAAACAAAACAUAUUUAGCCAUCCUCCUGUCUCCUUACCUUUUGGGUACAGAAAGGUGGCUUCCCUGGGGUCCAGUGGGAUCUUGUUGGCCCAGGCUGAUGGGAGUCUGCCAUCAGCUUUCUCAGUCCCUCUCCCCAACAAUGCUUGCAUCCUCCUCCGUGUGGUGUGUGCCUCCUCCCCAGCGGCACUGAGGAGGAAGUGAUGUGACCUCACUUCCUCCCAGCAUGCCACGGAGAAGAAAAGGGAUCACAGGGCAGUGUGUGAGGGGCUAGCUGUGUGUUUGUAUUCAGCCAACCCCCAUAUUACAAGGGCCCGGUCCAGAGCAGGGGUGCUGCAGGGGGCCCAUGGGGCAGCUGGCUUAGGGUCCCCAGGAGUAACUGGGCCCGGGGCAGCUGCCCCUUUUGCCCCUCCUUAAAGACGGCCCAGGGCUCAGCACCACGUGAGUGGGCUAUUUUAUAUCUUAUUUUAUUUGUCCUUUACAUACAGGCUAUACUAUGUUAUGCAUUUUAUAUUUUUAGGACAUUUAUGUGAAAAUUCAAGAUAAAGGGUAACAUUGCAUGCUUUUAUCUUGUUUACACUUGGUGUAUAUUGCUCUCACCAUAUUAUAUAUUUUAUUCUGUUAUUUAUUGUUUGUGUGAUUUGGAGUGACUCACACUUGGUGAUUUUGAGCAUUCAAUAUUUUACUUUUCUUUUAUUGUGUUUUACUUGUCCUGGAGGCCCUAUGCAACUUCAAUUUGCUGCCAUAACACUAUGCAAAAAGUAGACUUACCUAAAAUGGCAGAUGCCCUAUGUUGAGGUGACCGCAGUAGGGAACAAGCUGACCUUACCUACGAACUGGACAAAAUCUUUGCAGGCUUCUGUGACAUGCUGGACCGCCGCAAGUGGAGUGGCCACCCACACCAGAGUUUACUGUCUGGGUUUCAGUGGGAGACAUUGGCUUUGGUACUGGGACAAGCCUGUGACAGGUGGAGGAGGCUGGAGCAACCUGAAUCAGCGGCUGCAGUAUGUGGCCCACCGAUGGCAGAGAUCCUCGUAGACCUGAUCUUGCAUCUGCAAACAUAGAAGGUUAAGUCCUGCGCUCAAACUCCCACCAAUCCUAGGUGGCAGCAAUGACUAUAGUACACAUCAGCCACAAUACAUACGAUGAAAACCAAAAGAUAAGUUACCUGCACACUAUUCUAGAUCACCAUGCACAUUUAAAUAACUGGAGGUUACCUGGCAGGUGGGCUUACCCUUUAAUGGCCAUUGAAGGGAAACAAAAAACUUCAAAUUAUUUAAAUGUGCAUAGGGACCUAGGAUGGUGCGCAGGUGACUUUUUCUCUGAUCUUGCAUUUGCCUAUAAGGAUGGCACACAGCUGGAGAUAUCACAAAUCACUAUGCUUGUCUUGAUACAACGUCAUAUAUGUAGGAAUUCCUUACCUGGGGUGAUCAUGUAAAUGCCAAUUAUGCAUGCUGAUACAUUUGAGUGCAUUAACAAAUGCAAAAUCUAAAUAAUAUUACUUUCAAUUUAACUAAUGAAAUAUCACCUAUAAAUAAAAUAUAAUAUUUUUUGAUAAUUUGAGCAAAGAACAAAUAGAAAUCUGUUACUAAACAACCGAAGAAUGUUUACAAAAGCAAAGAGGAAAAUAUACAUAUAUAAAAAUAUAAAUAAAACAUUAUAAGAAACAAAAAAAGGGAAAUAACUAAAACACUCGAAUGAUGACUUGCCUACGUAAUCUCUCUUCGAAUAUUUGAGGGCUAAAAGAUGUAGAGAUUGAGAAAAAGCUACAGAAAAACAAUGGGAAAAGAUGAAAUGUUUAAUUAUGCCAAAAUACCUUAUUCGGUUCUCUACUUGCAUUGGUUUUCAUUCUACAAAUCAAUAAAGCCUCCCUCUGUGAAAAAACCUGUGCUGUUCUCUUAUCUCUCCAGUUAGAUACUUCUUUAUCUUUGUCUAUGAAAAUAAACUCAUCCAAAGAGAAUUUAAGCAGUUAGUGCGAACUAUAUUUUUGUUCAGUCUGCUAAUAGCAUUUUCAUUUUCUAAAAUCCUCUUACUUGGAUAUCUCACCGUGGCAAAUGUGCUGAAUUGUAGAAGGGAUUUACAAUAAACAUUAGAUUCUUAAUUGCAUAAUUUAAAAGGGUGUUUUAUAUUAAUUUUUAUUUAAUUUUUUUUUAAAGUUUCCCCUAUUACAGUGCUUUAGAUCUGUGGCAUAUUUUGCUUGUAAAAUUUUCAUUUUUUAAAGCAUUGUGUUAUAAUAGUAAAUAGCAUAGUAGUUUUUUUUUUAAAAUUAACUUCAUUCACUUUUAUCUUUUUUUAAAUAUAUGUACAUGUAGUGCAGCAUUGAUGUUAUAUUUGUCUUGUUUUGUCUAUUCGAUCUAUCUUGUACAUUUUUAAAUUCACUUAUAUAUUUAAAAGUUCACAUUUUUAAUUUGUAUUUGUAUUUAUUUAUAAAUAACAUUUUCCACUGAAAUAUUGAGCAUUACUUUUAAAUUUUAGCUUUUAUAACAGAUAUUCCUCAGCAGCUGAUCAAAAAUUGAUAAUUCCAUAUUUUAUUUCUGAUUUAUAUAUUCUGAUUUAAUAAAUGUGUAUGUUUAUAUUCAAAUCUAUUAGUUAGUGAAAGGAUACGUCUGUUAAUAAAACAACUAUCAUUUACAGACAGACCCUUCAUUGAUUUACUUGGGAGAGGUGUAGAUAUGUUGCUUUGACACAUUUAAGUAUUUUGGUGCACCAUAUAUUGCCGUUUCUCCCACAAUUAUUUUUUUUUCUGAUGGCAUAGCAUGGAUGUCGGAUGAAAACUAUACAUUGAACUACAGAUUUUGAUCCUCUUCUGAAUUAUUGCAUGUUGCAGCCAAUUGGUUUGUUUAAUCGGUUUGCAGAGAAUGGUAAACAUUUAGCUACUAAAUGCAUGUAACUAAACUCAGAGAGUGGGUAAAGGAGAGUCAAAGAGCAAGAUUAAGGCAUUAAGGCAUACCAGAGAGAAACAAGUCAAGGGGAUUACAGAGAGCAAAUUAGUAACAAGCCAAAGCAAAACAAGAAUAACCAGAACACACUAUACUGUAUAUACUCGAGUAUAAGCCGACCCGAAUAUAAACCAAGGCACCUAAUUUUACCAGAAAAAAACCUGGGAAAACUUAUUGACGCGAAUAUUAGCCUAGGGUGGGAAAUGCAGCAGCUACUGGUAAAUUUCAAAAUAAAAAUAGAUACCAAUAAAAUUACCGAUAUUUUGUACAUUACCAUUUAUUAAGGUAAAUGCACAAAAUAUACAUGCCAGGAUAUGUGUGUGUGUGUGUCUGUGUGUUUAUGUAGUGUGUGUAUAGUGAAUACAGUGUGUGUAUAUAAUGAAUUCAGUGUCUGUGUGUGUGUGUGUGUGUAGUGUGUGUAUAUAAUGAAUGCAGAGUGUGUGUGUGUGUGUGUGUAGUGUGUGUAUAUAAUGAAUGCAGAAUGUGUGUGUAUAUAAUGAAUGCAGGGUGUGUGUGUAUAUAAUGAAUGCAGCAUGUGUGUGUUUGUGUGAAUGCAGUGUGUGUGUGUGUGUAUAUAUAAUGCAGAGUGUGUGUGUGUUUGUGUAGUGUGUGUAAACUGGGUGGGGGGAGGGCAUUUUUAUUAUUUUAACAUUUUUUACUUUUUUUUUUUUUAGUCCCCCCUCCCUGCUUCAUACUUGACCAGGGAGGGAGGCUAUGUCAAUUCCUGGUGGUCCGGUGGCAUGGGCUGUGCAGUGGGGGCCCGCAGAAGCUCUUACUUACCUUCCCAGCAGCUCACCUGAGUAACUCUCGCGGCCUGCGUGCCGCACAGAGCGUUGCCAUGGUAACCCGUGGCAACGCUCUGACGGCCGGCGGGACUCGCCACUUCUUUUAGAUCAACAGCAAAAACAGAUGAGAGAAAAGCUGAACUUGAUGGACGCAUGCCUCUUUUCAGCUACGUAACCGAGUUUGUAUAUGUUUUAUUAUGUAUUGAGUAGAAACUGAUAGGCCAGCAUAAAUUUUGAGAUGCAAAUUUGCAUGCAUACUGUGAAGCUGAUUAGAGCUAGGUACAGUGAACUAAUUGAUAUCAUAUAUAAUGCAAACCACUUCAUUUUUUUUCUUUUUACAUUUUUCCUUACUCCAAUCUGAAUGAGGGUGUUAAGACACAGAGAUAUUGUUUGGCAAUAGGUUAUUUGAAACAUAUAUUUUUAUAAGCUGUGCUUAGUUUUUUAUUUUUUAUUUUCGUUCUUUAAUGUUGUAUGUCACUGUCUACUGAGGUUAAGGAUUACUUUAAGCAUCAUGACUACUCCAGUGAUUUUAAUGAUUUUAAGUAGUGAAGGUGCCUAGAAUUUCUGUGCUACCUCCCCCCCCCCCCAUGCUGUCAGAGGUGUCAUUCCCUCUCCUGCAGCUUUAGAGGGGCAUCAUUACCCAGGCCAGAACUACUGUUCUGAGUGGCUAAUGUUAAUUCUGUGCAAUACUGGCCCAGCAUGCUGGCCCCAGACAGCCAAUGGCUGCACACAUCCCCGUCAUGCAGCCCCUGCUUUCCCUUUAGUCCUUCUGUACGCGUGCGCACGGGGUGUGCUGGGUGUGCCUGGGCACACCCUAAUCCCCGCGGCCCGCCCUAUGUGCCUCCAUGGGCUGGUGAGGGAUAUCAAAAGAUCUCCAUCCCUGCCCACAGGCAGGGAGGGAGGCAGAAGAGGACCUGGGGAGCUCUAGCUAGCAGCUCUGCUGGGUUCCUCUGCGAGGUCGGAGCGUUGCCACAGAAACGGUCAGAACUCGUGAGAGUGAACUCUAGCCCCGCAGGCUAGAGUUCACUCACCACUGGACCACCAGGGAUGGCAGCAGCACGGUCCCCACUAACUACAAAAGGUAGUGGGGCUAUUAACUAAAUGGUCCUCCCAUCCCCACACAAUACACACAAACAGCACCCACACACACACACAGCACCCUUACACAGCACACUAACAGCACCCACACACAUACGUCACCAUUACACACACUAACAGCACCCUCACACACACGUCACCAUUACACACACUAACAGCACCCUCACACACACAGCACCCUUAUACAUACACACACACACUAACAGCACCCUCACACACACACAGUGCCCUCACACACGCAGCACCCUUACACACACACACACAUUAACAGCACCUUCACAUACACGCACCACCCUCACAAACAAUAACACACACAGCACCCUUACAUUAUCACAGAGCCCUCACACACACACACACAGCAGUGUGUGUGUGUGUGUGUGUGUGUAUGUAUAUGUAUAUAAAGCACAAACACACGCCGCGUAUAUAUAUGUACAAUAGGCUGCGCACGCCUAUGAGUCCAUCCUUCCUGACCCCCAUUCCCCUCUAUACGUUUGGUGAGGGGGUGGACCAGCAGGGCAAGGAUUACUUUAACCAAAAACAGUGUUUUAUGAAACCACUGUGCUUUGGUUGUAGUAACCUUUUAAACUACAAAAUAGUUUUUGCUUGUUUGUUUGGUUUUCUUUGCACUUCUAUCGCUAUUUUUUUGGUUUACUCUAUCUUGGGGACAUCUUUUAAGCAGUUUUUUGAAUGUUUUGAUCUCACUCAACCUUAUUAACUCAGCUUGAUACUGCAAGAUUUAAAACACUGAACCAAAGCCAUGCUGAGGAGCCUCUGAAAGACAAAAUGGAUAUAGAUAGAUGAACACUGACAUCAUAAGCAUGCAUGGCACAUUUCAUUAUGAUGAGCACCUAUUGAAUGUUUUCAUUUUUUUAUUUAAAGCAAGCAGUUAUUGAAUACUAAAUCAUAAAGAACACCUAACCUAUUUAAAGGACCACUACAGGCACCCAGACCACUUCAGCUUAAUGAAGUGGUCUGGGUGCCAGGUCCAGCUAGGGUUAACCCUUUUUUAAACAAACAUAGCACUUUCAGAGAAACUGCUAUGUUUAUGUUAGGGUUAAUCCAGCCUCCAGUGGCUGUCUCAUUGACACCCGCUAGAGGCGCUUCCGUGCUUCUCACUGUGAAAAUCACAGUGAGAAGACGCCAGCGUUCAUAGGAAAGCAUUGUGAAUGUUUUCCUAUGGACUGGCUGAAUGCGCGCGCGGCUAAUGCCGCGCAUGCGCAUUCAGCCGAAGAGGAGGCAGAGAGCUCCCCGUCCGGCGCUGGAGAAAGAGGUAAGUUUAACCCCUUCUUCUCUAUCCAGCCCGGCGGGAGGGGGACCCAGAGGGUGGGGGCAUCCUCAGGGCACUAUAGUGCCAGGAAAACGAGUAUGUUUUCCUGGCACUAUAGUGGUCCUUUAACGUAAAUGUCACCUAACAUUGUCCUAUUGUUUCCUCUUCUCUUCCUCUUUCAGAAUCUGUUUUUCUUUUCUUAAUUUCUGAUUUAUUUAUCUUUAAAACAUAAGACAAAGUAGGGACUUCCUUGUCUUCUGUAUUUUUUCUAUACUCCGCAAUCUUAAAAAAGGGUGGAACUUAAGGCAAGCUUCACCCUUUGUUAGGUUAACAGAGGAAGUGAUGCUUGCAUUAAGCUCCACCCUUUUGUCACAAUUAUCAAUCAUAGGAAAAAUACAUAAGCAAAUGUAGUCCCUACUUUGUCUCAUGUUUUAAAGAGAAAUAGAUCAGAGAUAAAGAUAAGAAGAGCAUAUUCUGAAAGAGGAAGAGAAUGUGAAACAAUAGGAGAAAGGUAAAGUUGAGGUGACAGAGAUACUUUAAAUGUUUUUUUUAUUUUACCAUAUGACAGGGGCUUUAUAUUUGCAUAAUCUUUCUUUACUUUAAACUCCAGCAGCACAGAUCAAUCAAAACUUUUAAACCAAUCAGAAACAAGAGUCACUACUAUAAAUAGCUCUGUGAUGCCUUCCACUUCCUCUUUCUUUGCUGCUCCUGCCAGAGUACAGGUCAGAGUAUUCCUUCAGUCACUUAUCUAUUCGGAAUUUAUCAUUAUUAUAACAGUAUUCUGUUUGUGUUUUUAUUUAAUUUCUCUUAUCCCUCUGUCCCUGCUCCUUUAUACCUGCCUUCCCUCCAAUCUACCCGGCUGUCUGCCUGAAUAGCACUCCGCCCAAGUCCUACUCCAUUGCUCGUGGGCGGGUUGUGCUACCGGUUCCUGUUCCCUUCGUCGGGCCCUUUCCGGGUGGUGGUGGUGGGGAGGGGGGGGUUGGGACUCUGUGGGAUUUUGGGGGUAUUGCUCUCCACCGCUUGCACGGACCGCGGGAAAUCCAUCUUGGAUUUCAAACUGCGAUACUCACUGCGGCCUCUUGUCUUCCCCUGGCCUUUUUCAGACUGCUUUAAGCGUGGGUAUGUCUCCUGACGACCAGAUACCCGGCAACACUCUUCAGGGACACUUCUCCCCUGUCAGGAUUCUGUCAGCAAUAACAAGUAAGGAUAAUUGCCAUAUGCUCUUAUUAUCCUAUUGUCUAUUACAGAUACUGAACGCAGGGUCUAACCUGCAGUACUAUCAGGGUGAGCCUUUGAUACUGAAGGGACCAGGGCAUUUCAGGUACCAUAACCCUUAUUAGGAUCCCCACGCUUAUAUACACGGUUAAAUCUGUUUGACUGGUACCUUUCCCCACAGGGGGGACACAGGGUAUACAACCCCUGCAAUAUUGGAAGCUUUUAACGCCUCCCACCAAUUCAGGGUCUCACUCCCUGACACACUAGCCGCUCACUGCGACCAGCAUUGAGAUUCACUCUCACUAUAAUUGGGUCUACCUCACUUAUGUUGAGUAACUAGUAUUACGCCAUUGGGCAUACCCUGAUUGUACUUGCAAAGGGACUCCCGGUAGCCUAACACGGUCUGCACGGAUGCUAAUUCUGUAUACUCUCCUCCACAGACCACAAAAUGAGUGAUACACCACUGCAGACCCAGGACUUCCAGUCCAUGAUUAACGCUGCAGUGGCAGCAUUGGUGGAAAAAGCCUUAGCUAAAAUGCUCACCCAACCUCCUCCAGAGGUACUCAACCUGCCCUCGGGCGCAUCCCCUUCACAUGGUGACGAUGCUGCAGGGUAUGAAAGAUCCAUUCUGAGCGUUGUGCCCAUAAUUAAAUGCCACAGAACUGGCACAACACCCGUAUCCAGACCUAAAGGGAAAGAACCAGUGUGAAUACUGACACUAUAUGGCGGACUUACCCUUCGCACUUUGCCAUUCAAGCAAUUCUUGGGAUUACAUGGGAUCCGCAUUGUUUUCCUGAGUUAUAAUUAUUGGACUUGUUCACUGGAAUGUUAGUUCGCUUCAAAGAAAGAGGAAGUGGAAGGCAUCACGGAGCUAUUUAUAGUAGUGACUCUUGUUUCUGAUUGGUUUAAAAGUUUUGAUUGAUCUGUGCUGCUGGAGUUUAAAGUAAAGAAAGAUUAUGCAAAUAUUCGCCUCCUGUCAUUAGUAAAAUUAUGAUUAUAAAUACAAUGUUAGCAUAAUCUACAAUUAUCAGCAAUUUUUGCCUGAGUUACACAAUUUAAUUCCUCUCAUUAUUUUAUCUAUAAAUUGUGCUAGCAAAAUCUCAAGCCAAUGUGUAGAUUUUGUGCAAAACCACUAUGAAAAUCUCCCCUCCUCCCAUUUAGACUCUCUGCAUAGACUCUAUGCUAAUGUCUGUCUGUAAGAGAACACACGUAGAGGCUGUUCUCUUGCUCUGCUGAUGUACCAGAAGUUGGGAAGUGAUCUAAACCUUCCCAAACAGGGUAAGUGCAAAAGAGAAGGUUGCCACCCACAAUGGUGGACUAACUGCAUCAACAAUAACAUGAUUUUACAUAAUUUGCAUUAUGGGAGAACAGCUGAAAUACAGAUUUUCACAGAUGCUGUGUCUGGAGAUAGCAAUUUUUAAAUUUAUUUUUACAUUUGCUGUAGAAUAUACUGUUGCGGUUAAUUUACCCUAAACUGUUCGGUGUUUUGAUACUUUUUUGAUUCCACUACAACUUGAUCUCUUCGCUUGAUGUUAGCAGACAACAUCGCAAAAAAAAAAAAAAAAAUGUGGCUCCACCAGGCCCAAUUAGUCCUAAAACGGCACUGCACUGCAUAUGAAGUCCUGCACCAUGAAUCAAAAUUAAAUGGACUGCUUUGCCACUCUCUAACAACAUUUAUCAUCCCCUUCAUUACAUUUACGGAUUGCUUUCUUUCAAUGCAGCAUCAGCUCCAAGUGUAGUAUUCCUUUAUCCAGGCUAACUGCAUGAAGACCUUGUGAAUUUACAUGGCAGGAUAUGCAUGGAAACCUACUGAACUGAUUCUGUUGGUUUUAGUGCAGAUAUGUGAUUACAAUUUUAAUUGUACUGCUAGUAAGCAUAAACUAGUUUUUAAAGGGACACAAUACUCACCAGAACCGCUACAGCUUAGUAGUGGUUCUGGUGUCAAUAGCAUAUCCCUGAGGGCUUCUUAAUGUAAACUGCUUUUUCAGAGAAAAGGCAGCGUUUACAUUACUGGAUAGUAACGAUCUUGGUGCAGUCACUGAAAAGCUAUUAGAGGUGCUCCCUAUCUCUAUGCUGUAUAGUAUGCAGCACUGACUUUCAGUGUCUCCACACUCUGCAUAAAGACACUGAACGCUACCCAUAGAGAUACAUUGAUUCAAUGCAUCUCUAUGAGGAAAUGCUGAUUGGGGCAGCGUGGCGUUUUACCGCACAUGAGCAAUGGCCUGAUGAUCUCAGCCAUGGAGACAGUGCCAGCCAGGUAAGUUUAAGUCCUUUAUACUCCAGAGAGAGGGGGGCCGUUCACCUAAAUAUCUAUUACAGCACUACAGUGUUAGGAAUACAUAGUGUUCAUACAGUUAGAGUACUAUAAGGUCCAUUUUUUUUUUUUUUUUUUAAACCACGCACCGUUAUUGUCGAACUUGGGCUAUAUCCAGACAUUUUUCCUACUCCUACUCCGUCUCCCACUCAUGCAUCUAUGUGUAUAUAACAGGUCUUGACAAAUUGCUUGAAAUAUCGGAGCCAGCUAAAAAAGCUAGGAGCCAGAUUUUUCAACAUCAAAAAUACAAUUCUUAAAGGGACACUAUAGUCACCAGAGUUAAUACAGAUCUUUAUACUCUUCCUGCACACUUCUCAAUGUAAACACUGACUUUUCAGAAUAAAUGCAGUGUUUUCAUUGCUGUGUGGUAACACCUCUGGUGAUAGUCACUUAGAUGGCCUCUAUAAGUGCUUCCUGGGUCAGUGCAUCUUUAUGAUGCGAAGUUGAUUGUGCAGCAUAGUCUCCCAAUGUUUUUCUAUGGGGAAGCAUUGGAUUGGCUGAGAUUGUCAAGAUUGAUAAUUUCAGCCAUGGAGAUAGGGCCAGCAGCAAAGACACCAGCACGGCCUGGGGAAAAAGGUGAGUAAAACACCUUUCCCUUUCCUUUAUUUUAAAUCCACCCAGUCAUCUCCCAGCUCUGCUCUCUAUAGCGCUGAUUAGUGAUGCGUGUCCAGAAUGAUCCAUAAUCUGGCUCACAGGAUCACCGGAGGAUGCGCGAGGGAGAUUACAGCUCCCUCGCUGCCUCCCUCCCUCAGCACUCAAUGAGAUGACCAUCCGCCUGCCUGAUCACCUCAGCCCUGCGUAAGAUGAGUGCUCACCUCCAAUUUCAGGCAGCCGGUCACUUCAGGGGCUGAACAGGCUCACAAAUCGCUCGAACAAAUUUCAUGGUCGCCAUGGAGAUCUGGCGUCUGGGAUUUGUCGAGCCCUGGUAUAUUAUAUAGCUAGAAGAGGAAGAGACACAGUGAACAUGCCACUUCUAGGAGCAACUUUAAUGAUUUAACUCACUUCUUCUGCAGAGUCGUACUAAUAAAGUACAGGCUAUUUUGUUUUUUGAAGCAGCAACUCUGAUGAGUGUGAACCAACAAUCAAGGACCUAAAAGCAUGGUUGGAAAAAUCUGUGUUUCUAAAUCAGGAUCUGGUGGGACAUUACUAGCUGUAACAAGCACGUUAGAUUCAGCAAGAAUAAACAGAGGACUGUGUUUCAAUAACUUACCUGAUUUUCUGCUUGAUGAGGCAAACCUGAUUUCUUUUAAAUUAAUGCCAAUCAUUAUUCCAUUUCCUAAAGCACUGAUGGUGAAAUGUAUGGCAUGGGCGCCACCAGGCUGAUUACAUGUUUUGAUACACCAUGUUAGGGGUGACCUUUUACAGCUAUGGCAAAUUAUGCUCAAACACUGUUUUGUGCUUUUGUUGUUUGGGUGUGUGGAGAUAGGCAAUGUACACCUUCUAAUCUAGACACUUUAAAACAACGUGCCCUGUAUGCCUUUUCGUUACACUUAGAGAUCCUGUGGUUUCCAACCAGUCCAUUCAAGAUACAUGUGCUAGUUUGCUUUUAAAACAAUGUAAAGAAUGGGAAAUUUGACUUAUCAAUGUGUGUGAAAUGGUUUUACGCCACUGCCUUGUAAUAUGGUAAGAAAUGUACCAUGUUUGCAUUGUUUGACCUAUGAGGGGAUAGGCCAAACAAUGCAGAGAUUUCUGUAAAGGAGAUGGCUCAGACAGUAUACUACAUAUAUAUUCGACAACCUGAGUCUGAAAUUGUGUUAGAGAUGGCAGUGGAACAGAUCUGUUGGAGCAGCAGAGCAUUUAGCGCAUUUGCAUGUUCAUAUUGUUCCCAUAAAUAACUUUCAAGGGGUAAGAUUAAUAUUUAAUGUAAUAUUUUUAAAGGAACACUAUAAGCACAAAGACAAAUUCAGCUUAAUGGAGUGGUUUUGGUGCUUAGGUCAUGUCCCUGCAGUCUAACUCAAUUCUCUGUCAUUUGGAAGUUAACUACACAGUCCACCUACACACUUCCUGUAAAGAGAGUUCUAAUUUGUAAACUAACUUUAUAGCACAGUGUAUUUAAUCUAGAAUUUAUCAUCUCAUGCUCUGUUUUAAGGUCUGUAGACCCUACAGGAACUCCCUGUGUGUAAUUAAAGUUCAAUUAACAAAGCAGGAGAUACAAACUUUGCAAGUAAACACACUGUGCUGACUGAAAAUACAUUUUUUUCAUGUAGGCUGUGUGAGUCACAGCCGGGGGAGGUAGCGUUAAGGCUGCUUAAACAGAAAUAAAUGACCUAUACACCAAAACUGCUAACUGCUAAAGUUGUUUUGGCUCUUAGAGUAUCCGUUUAAAUUAAUUUCCCUAAAUGAUUCCCUGUGCAGUAGAUACAUUGUCAUUAAUUGUUUGACAAGAGUGUCUCUUAGCCAGAGAAAUGGAAGAAAGAAUGGGGUGACAGACAUAGUCAGCAUCACAGCAGAAACGGACCGUUACAAAAAAGUGUUGUAGGAGAGGAACGGGGUGGGCGUUACAUCAGAAUUCAGCUUGAUGACAGCGGUAUAUAAACCUGUCAUGACAGGAUCACUUCAGUGAAUUGUAUAGUUGUUGUCAGCUUUCAUUGUCCAUUUAAAUGCUGGCCAGCUCAAAGAAAAGAAAAGUUAGUAUAUCCAGCAGAACAUGUAAUAUUUUUGGUUUUGUAACAUUAUCUUUGUCCAGUGUAUAAAAUAGUUUCAAUAAGCAUUUUACCGAAUGGUGAUGUUUUUUUUUUUUGGUGUGCAUGGUGAUUAAGAUAUACAAGUUUGUGGUGCCCCAACAGCAAUCCUCAAGCAUCUUUUCAAGCAUAACAUUAGGAGCAGUAGGAUAAGGAGCACAUUUUUAUAUAAUAACAGAUGCGUAAUACGAACAUUCAAUCAGACUGCAUGUACUGUAUGGUUAAUGGCCAUUUAGCUGCAAGCAGUUACCGCCAUAUUUCCUAAGUUACUUAAACAUUUAAUGGCGGCUGGAGUAAGUAGUGUGGCUGGUCUAACCGAUACUGCAUCAAAUAAUAGAGCUGCUAAACUUUCAUGUAACUAAGCGUGGAGUACAAUAAAGCUCUGUAGGUUUGGUCUAGUUGUACAUAACAUAGUAGUGAAUAACUCAGAAGGUUAAUCUAUGUAACUUGCGUGAGGAUGAGUGAGGUUAUACACAGAGAUGCUUAGUAAAUAAUUAUAAGGUACACCAGUGAAGCAAGGUUCGAUAUAUGAAUUAAUAGUGUUGGCUUAGCGUAUUGACUAUGUAAUACCUUUUCUCACUUGAGGGAGAACAUGCUGUUGAGAACCUAGUUAUAUUUGUGUGCUGGCAUUAAGUAUAUGCAAACAAUACAGGCUAAGCUUAUUAGUUAUACCUUCAUACUUGGCAUUAAAAUAAUAAAAUGAAAGCAAACUAAACAAACUCAACAUGCUAAUUCUCGAAAGUGAGGUUUAGUACGGGAGUCCAGCACAAUAUGAGUGUGGGUGAUUAUUAUGUCGGUGAUUUCACGCCACGCGGCGUCCAGGAUCUCAUUGUGCCCUCAUCCGAUUCCUAGCUUGGGGGGAGGCUGCAAAGCUCUCACUAGGUGAUUCCCAACUGGUGGAGUUUUGCCGGUGCGGAGUGCUGUUUAUGUGCUUUCACCACACUGCGACUUGGGCUGCCGCUGUUGGGAGUUGCCAUCCUGAGAUACUGUGGGAGUCAGUGCCCCGGCACCAUGGGCCUUGUUCUGAUUUCCCGCUGCAGCAUGUCCCGUGCGCCCUAAACGGCCAGCACACCGGUAACUUCUUGAUGUCUGCCUCAUUUGUACAGAGUCUCGUAGAGCAGGCACAUUGCAUGAAAGCCUUGAAGAUGCGGCAGCAUCUUGUGAACAGGUAUGGAGCUUUAGAUCUUUCGGGUAGGCUGGUGUAGAUGUUUGGUUGCCAUUAGCGGUGUGCCCCCCUCUGCCUUCUGCUGCGGUGAGCGGGUUUGGUAUUGGCUUAGAGGAGUGCAUGGGAGUUUGGCCCGGAAGGCGGGCUGGUGCAUGACGGGCUGCUGGAUUGGCGACCUGGCUGUGGUCAGUUGACACGUUUGCUUAGGCUGUUGCUUAGCCUCCAGAUUUGCCCAAAAGUUGGCGAAGUGAUAGUCCAGUCAGGCUAAGAAUAAGUCGAUGUAGGCCUCGGCUGAGGUAACGCCUGCAGCCAUCGCCAUAUUGCUCGCGUGGCGCUUUUCAACGCUAAGUACAGAAGGUAUUGGUGUGUGUUCUCCUGGGACCGGGAUGACCCUCGCCGGUCAAAAAGGGGGGGGGGGAGGGGGAGGUGCAGAAGUCCGCAUGACUAGUCGUAUUUAGCUCCAUUCCUCUGUUGCCAGAAGUGCUUGUAGGCCGCACCGAGUGUCAGCGUGGCGGCACCAACUGCCCUCAAUUUUGGUGUCAAUCGAUUUAUCCUGAUCUCUGCUGUGCUGUUUGCUGUAUGAACGGCUGGCUGGCUUAAUUUAUGAGGGGUUUUGUCGUGUGUAGCCCAGGAGCUCAUGAAUCAUGCUUCCUUUCAGCCCGCCAGUCAGGCCCCGGCCCCGAAUGGUGAUGUCUUGAUUUCUUUUCCUCUACUGAUGCUGUCGGAGAGAUUUCCAGCACUGAAACUAGCUCACACCAUGCUAGCAAGCCGCAGGCCGGAAGAGCAAAACUGCAUUUCACUGCUUCAUUGAGAUGCUUAUUUGUGCAGUAUAAAUGCAUAUUUUAUUUACAAAUUUGUGCUACACAAAGGUAGUAAGGAAGUAUGAUGAAAGAGCAGUGAAAAUAUGCCAUCCUAACAGUAGAUUUUGGGGACACCAGUGAACUAUCCCCAACAAUCAUAGCACGACGCGUCAUUAGAUGCUCUAGCACAGGGGUAGCACAGGGGUGGUCAACCUGGUCCCUACCGCCCACUACUGGGCGGUUGGUGAUUUCAGGUGGGCGGUGGAGAGUUCUGCAGAAAAUGCCCAGUGGGCCUUGAUGGCCGUGGACCAAGGCCGGCAGGGGAGAUGCAUUCAUCUCCCCUGCCGGCCCAUGAAUUAGAGAGAGGGAAGGACCUGGGAGGCUCUCUGUUCCUCCCGCGAAAAGGCUGGUCAGAGCGUUGCCACGUGUUACCAUGGCAAUGCUCUGAUACACUGCUGUUUUUGUUUUUUGCCAGCACAGGACCACCAUGGCUUGCAGCAUUAUGUCCCCCCUCCCUAGUAAAAGGUAAGAAGAAGGGAGGGGUAGACAUUAAGAUACAUUUUCACAUCUCACACACCUACACACUUCAAAGACCCUAUGCACCCUUCACACACAAACAAAUACUACACUCCUCAUACACCCUCUACUUCUCACACACACUGCCCCCUCACUCACACACUGCACCCUUCACACACAAACUACACACACUACACCCUUCACACACAGCACCUCACAGACACACAUAUAGAAAAAAGUAGAAUAGAAAAUAGAAAAAAAAGAUACAUUUAAAAAAACAAAAACAACUCCUUUCUAAACAAAAUAAAAAAUGUUUUUAAAAAAUUGCACUUGCGCACUAAAAUUAGUUACUGCAGCACUGGUGGGUGGUAAGUUUUACCAUCAACAAAGAUACAAAAGUGGGUCGUAGGUAUUAAAAGGUUGACUACCCCUGCUCGAGUACUAUGUUUGGAGAACUAGGACCCUGCAGGGAGCACUUAACACUAAAAUGACUGGCAGGGAGCCUUGUAUGUAUUCACACCAGGCUGACUUGCCAGUAAUAUGGACGGAUACAACUCCCUUUAUGGGUGGGUCCACACGUUUUGGGUGGAGACAGUGACACAAUCACAUCACUAGCCCACCCCCUUUAUUCCCCUCCCACUAGCCUCCUGAUUCUUGGAAGGCUGAUGCUGGGAGGUAUGUGACUAGCAGGAAAAAGUGAUGAGGCCUCUGUACAAAUGGGGUUCUAGUCCUGUCUUGGCCAGUGGUUUUUGAAGGAACACUCCAGAUAUGGUCAAAACCUUAUCUCAAGGAGGUCCUAGGCACCUGUCUCCUCUUUUUCCAGCGAAGCCCUCGGCUCAAUAGGGAAGCCUCAGGCUUGACUAUGGUAACAGGCUGGUUCAGCCUAUUGCUAGGAACUGUGUCUUCCUUUAACAUUUUUUUUUUUGUAAAACAUUUUCAUUGAAAUUGUUUCCGAUGAGAAGGACAAUAAAGCGUUGCACAAUAAAUGACAACUGGUCGGGGGGUGGGGCCAGGCCGACUAGAAGCAGAUAAGCAUGACUCUGAGCCCGAGCCCCAAACAAAGGCCAUAUAAUAUAACUUACCCAAACAUCGGACAUCUGGGCACGCUGAAAGAGAGAUACACCCCAGCAUUAAAAAGACACCUGCAAAGGGCCAACAGCACGCUGGGAACACCAACACGAAUAAAUCCGGCCUACCUAUCAGCAUAAGCCUGACCUCAGACGGCGCAAGAGCAUGAUUUAGAGAGCGGUGACCCUCAUCAUGGAGUCACCUAUCCUCGUGGGGGACCACGCCGGCUCGGGAACCCGCCCCCCAGUCGGUGGGGGUGAUCCCGGCCCCAUGGGGAUGACACAUGCGAGGCGGACAUCUCCACUCGAGGACCAUGCUGGUCCCCUACACUGGCAAGGGCAGUCAGGAAGAGGCCUGCCAGAAUAACAGACCACAGAGACUGUGGCGGCUGACACGGUGGAGAGGGUGCACAGUUAAAGAGGAAGCACCCAGGACGAGAUUGAAACCAGCUAGUGGAAGCCCAGAAGAAGAAGAGGAUGCAGCACACAUAGCAGGCUUGAGCGGGGCGGAGCACCAGAUGGAGCCUCUGUGAUGCUCCCACACCCGCAGGAGUAGUGAGUACCCCGGCCCCUAGGUCCCUGGAGAGCCAUGCCCCUGCUGCUGUGAGCCCUGCGGGGCAGGGAUGUGCUGCCCUUCCGGCAGACCGGUGGCUGUGUAGGUCGCGCACCGGCCCCAAGUGCAAGGCCGGCACCGGGAGAGAUAUGGGAGUACUUGCUGCAGAGGGAACAGAGCGGUGCUGGGGAGGUGCAGGGGGCUGGCGGGCAGCGGAGUUUGUGGUGGGGUCUGGUUGAAAGCCCCGAGUGCCCACGGUGCCACGAUGGACCCAGCCGGUGGGCUGGGGCAUUGUAGAGGUGACGGAAGGAGGCUCGGCAUAUGCUUUUUAUGUAACUGCUUCGUUGACAUUUAUUUAAGUGACUUCUACACAUCAGCUUCAGAAUGGAUAUGCUAUCUAUGUUGUAGUGCCCCCACGGGCAAAAGCUUGAUGCCAUUCAUUAUUGCCUACUGCUACUUGAAUAGCCAGACUGCUGUAAUAUAUGAUGUAUAUUAAUAUGCUUAUAUCUUAACAGAGAAAUGACCAUGCUCAUCGAGUCACAUAUCUUGCGUUCACUCUGACACUCAAGGAACAGGUCCACACGUAGGCACCAUAGUUUAUUUGAAAUGUUACAAAGACUCCCUGGGCCAAAGUUUACCGUUAAUUGACUGGACGCACAUUUUACAUGUAGCUACUCGUCAUUAUUAAUGCAUUCACAACUGUUAGCCUAAGGAUUUUCAUAAACGCCUAGAUCAUUUAUCGUGCGCUCUCAGAGCAUGCCGCGCACACUAGGAAUGGGCUCAAGCACACUGUAGGCCUAAAUUGCUUCCAUACUAGUCACAGCCUUAAGAUACUUAGCCUGAUAUAGAAAAUAAAUUUCCGCCCUCACGAUCUUAAACCCUACGUUUUUAGAUGUUAUGUUUGCUUUAUGGGCGAUAUAUAGAUUAUUAGACAAGUGUGCCUUCUCAGCAGGUCAACAGCAUUAAAUAUUAGACCACAUGUCCGUUUGUUUAAAAGCAACCAGAAAAAUGCUGGAGCGCUCAAUAGGGUAACAGCCAAUAAUGCAUAAUUUUUGUUAUUCGCUCCCUUUAUUAUACUAGCUUAAUACGACAUGCCUAUGAUUGUGAUGUUUCGUUUCGUAAAGCUUAUGUAUACCUAAUAUUUGUGAAUACUUACAUAGUUACAUAGCUGAAAAGAGACUUGCGUCCAUCAAGUUCAGCCUACCACACAUUUGUUUUUUGCUGUUGAUCCAAAAGAAGGCAAAAAACUCCAGUUUGAAGCACAAUUUUGCAACAAGCUAGGAAAAAAAUUCCUUCUUGACCCCAGAAUGGCAGUCAGAUUUAUCCUUGGAUCAAGCAGUUAUUACCCUAUAUUGAAAGAUUAUAUCCUUGAAUAUUCUGUUCUUGCAAGUAUGCAUCUAGUAGCCGUUUGAACAUCUGUAUGGCCUCUGAUAAAACCACUUCUUCAGGCAGAGAAUUCCACAUCCUUAUUGUUCUUACAGUAAAAAAACCUUUCCUUUGCCUUAGAUGAAAUCUUCUUUAUUCCAGUCUAAACGCAUGGCCUCGUGUCCUAUGUAAAGUCAGGUUUGUGAAUAGAUUUCCACACAAUGGUUUGUAUUGGCCCCGAAUAUAUUUGUAUAAUGUUAUCAUAUCCCCUCUCAGGCGACGUUUUUCUAAACUAAAUAGGUUUAAAUUUGUUAACCUUUCUUCAUAGCCGAUAUGUUCCAUUCCUUUUAUUAAUUUUGUAGCCCGCCUCUGCACUUUUUCUAGUGCCAUAAUAUCCUUCUUUAGAACAGGUGCCCAAAAUUGCACAGCAUAUUCAAUAUGGGGUCUUACCAGUGAUUUAUAAAGAGGCAAAAUGAUAUUCUUGUCCCGAGAAUGAAUGCCCUUUUUCAUGCAUGACAAUACCUUACUGGCCUUGGCCACUGCUGAUUGACAUUGCACAUUGUUGCAUAGUUUGUUGUCUAUAACAAUCCCCAAGUCCUUUUCUUGUGUUGUUAUGCCUAAUUCGCUUCCAUUAAGGGUAUACGUUGCUUGUGUAUUCUUUACGCCGAAGUGCAUAACUUUACAUUUUUCAACAUUAAAUUUCAUCUGUCAUUUGAGUGCCCAGUCCCCCAGUCUAUCUAAAUCCCUCUGCAGCAAAGUAAUAUCUUGCUCACAUUGUAUUGUUUUACAAAGUUUGGUGUCAUCUGCAAACACUGAAACAUGACUUUCAAUGCAGUCUUCAAGAUCAUUUAUAAACAUGUUAAACAGAAGGGGUCCCAGAACAGACCCUUGAGGGACACCACUUGCCGCCUCUGUCCAGCUUGAAAAUUUACCAUUAAUGACAACUCUUUGUACUCUGUUUUUAAGCCACUUGCUUACAUUAAUCCAUACGCCUCUGCGCAGGCAACCACAUGAUAUACAGAUAAAACCACAAUAUGAAUGCCUCAUGCCAAUUGUAACCUCAAUACGCACGCCUCUGUGUAGGCGACUAACUGCAUUAAUUGUGAACACUUGAAACCCGUGUUUAUUUUGUGAUUCAAUAAAAAUAUUUGAAACAAUAAAUGACAACUGAUUUCCAGACUAAUAAUGCAAAACUAUAGCAUCGACGAAGAUUUUCAUUGCAAGGGGGUGAGGGAGCAGAUGGAAAAGGGGACGGGAGAGAAACAUGUACAGGAGACAGAUAGCUAGUAAACAUCCACUAUUACAACCAUACACUAAAAUAGCAGAUACAAUAGAUACAAUUGUUUAGUCCUUUCCUAGCGGUUAAUAUCAACUGUUCUAGAUAAAAUGAUAAAGAGUAUAGUCUAGUAGGCAAAGAACAAAUGUAAGAUGAGAAACAUUUAAUAAAUAUGUAUCCAGCAAAUAAUACUUAAACAUAUGAUGAUAUCUUAUACAUACAAUAUAUAUCCGGUUUUGAUACAGAUUAUUAGAGGUUAACAGGCAUCCUCGCACAGGCAAAACAGUAGACUGGAACAUUGUGUACUCCUUCACCUGACAUCUUAAUGUCUCACAUCAAUGUCCUAUUCUCUGGGGAGAUGUCCAGGAAACCCACCACAGUGGGUAAAUGCCAUUGGAGGUAGUCUAUAUGAGCAGAAUUGUACCAAGCGUCCAGAGAACUCUACUCAACGUCUGCCAGUAAUAGAUUAUAUAGUAAUAGAAUUUUAAGCGCAUAACACACUUUUCUAAUGAUAACCAAUAACCUAAUAUAUUAUGAAAUGUUUGUGUAGGAGCAAAAUGUAUAACACAAACAACCCACCCACUUGAUUUCUACAAGAAAUGUUAACUAAUAAUUUCUUGUUAGUCAAUUACAGUAGCUAAAGAACAAAUAAGCACUGCAAAGAAACAUUAACUUGCAAAAUCUAUAACAUAACAAAUUUAUAUUUGUGUACCUGAAAUGUCUAUUUAGAUUUACCAUCAAAAACAGGCACACUGCAAUGUCUAUAUCACCUAUUAGCAUCAUAACCAUAAACGUGAUAUAAACGUACCAUUUUACAUUUUUUGUUGGCCAUAUCAUAAUUGGCUGGUUGAGCUCAACAUCUUGAGAUUAACAUUCUCUGACUUUGGCUGUGUUAACAGCAGAAAAUACCUUAAUGACAUAUGGAUUGCGGUCUCUUUGAUAACUGUUGUGCAAUAUCAUACAAAAGUCAGAAAUCAUUUUUGAGGGGUUACCAAUGCAGGAUUGUAAUGUGGGCCAAGGGCUUAAUAUUUCAAGUUUUAGACUACUAGUCAGGUUUUAUAGUUAAGUCAAGUUUGUAGGGUCCAUGUAGCACUCACCAGAGGUGAAUUUCUAUUUGCCACGGCUACAUUUUCACUCACCUAUAACUAUUGGUGAGUGGGAAUUUUGAGCCCUGUUUAGGCCAUGGUCCAUUACAUUAUGCCUUACUUUACUACAACUGAAAUACCUAUCAUAGGAACUUAAAUUCAAUUCUGUUAUUUAUAAAAAGGUGAAACGAUCAUGAGAGCAAACAAAUACUUAGUUUUCUGUGUAUAGCGUGGCUUCCAAUGUUAAUUUUGGGCGCCAAAUUGCAAUUUAGUUUUAGUCAUAGUCUUUUGACUAAAAAGCCAUUUUAGUUUAAGUCGUAUUUUAGUCAUUUGUCGACUAAUAUUUGACUAAAAUUGUUAGUAGACAAAAUUAACACUGGUGGGUUCUUAUAGGUUAUAUCCACAGAUGUUUUAGAAAUACAACUUCCAUUUGACAUUCCAGUAUGCUUUUGCUAAUAAUAGAAAGCAUCAUGGGAGUUUUAGAUGAAAGCACGAGGUAUAAGGUGGUGGAAGGAUUGAUAUGUAAUAAAGUGUUAAAAAAAUAUGAAAACUGGUCAUUUUGUUAAUGCAGUUGCAAAAACCUGGGUGCAUUUUUCCACCCUUGUAUUUUGGAAAUAAAAAAUAUGCAUAUGAAAAGUAUUUCAUUAUAAACAUUUUAAAUAAAAACAACCUAAAUACAUUUUCUUGCAGGCUUAAAAUAGGAUCCAGAUUCAUUGUGCCAGAUCCCUACCCCAAACAAAGAAAUGACAGACAUCCCAGUAAAUUCUGUAACAUUUCAAGGAUCUAAACUCUGACAUAAAGUUAUGGCACAGUAUUUUUUUGCUUUCAAAAAGUUAUGUAUUAAUAAUCACAAUCAAAAGUGACCAUUUGUCUGAAGCAAUGUAAGAUGUAUGUUUGUAGUUUUACGUUUUUCAGCUUACAAAUGUGUUUUUGAAAUUGACCCUGAACAAUAUUGAAAGGCAAUAUAGGGUCUGGAACAGUGGAGAUGCAAAUGAUCUAAUAGAUGAGUCUGUCACAUGCAUUCAUUAAUGUAUGUCUCUCUAUUCAAGAAGGGAUCAUAAUCAAGGCUCGGAAAUGACAGACCUGUGUGCUUCUUAAAGGACCACUCUAGGCACCCAGACCACUUCAGCUUAAUGAAGUGGUCAAGGUGCCAGGUCCAGCUAGGGUUAACCCAUUUUUUCAUAAACAUAGCAGUUUCAGAGAAACUGCUAUGUUUAUGAAUGGGUUAAGCCUUCCCCCUAAUCCUCUAGUGGCUGUCUCAUUGACAGCCAUUAGAGGCGCUUGCGUGCUUCUCACUGUGAUUUUCACAGUGAGAGCACGCCAACAUCCAUUGGAAAGCAUUAUGCAUGCUUUCCUAUGUGACCGGCUGAAUGCGCGCGCAGCUCUUGCCGCGUGUGCGCAUUCAGCCGACGGGGAGGAGAAGAGGAGGAUCAGAGGAGGAGAGCUCUCCGCCCAGCGCUGGAAAAAGGUAAGUUUAAACCCCUUUCCAGAGCCAGGCGGGAGAGGGUCCCUGAGGGUGGGGCACCCUCAGGGCACUAUAGUGCCAGGAAAACGAGUAUGUUUUCCUGGCACUAUAGUGGUCCUUUAAUCUUAUACGGGGUUACCGAAAUAUGUGAAAGGUCGCUGAGAGAUAAUAUUCAAGAAUGCAUUGUAAAUGUUAUUUGUAGGAACCAACAUGAAGGACAAAUAUUAUUGUGACGAUAGUAGCCUCGUCACUGGUUCUUGGAGGAGCCUGUUUGCCAGCCUCCAGUACUGUGACUAUGGCCCCUUUGGGUUAAAGACUGUUUGUGCCUGUUUGGACUUAGACAGGAACCAUUCAAAGUUUCGAAGUGGCACUUCGAACUCCCGAACUCAUUCAAAGCACCAUUCGAAUACGUGACCGUGGCGGCCAUCUUGUUUAGUCGAACGCAUCCAGCGGUGUUUGGUCAUUGAGUGCAGUGCUUAUGGUGCUCGCAAGUACUAGGAAGCAGCGAUUGACGGAGGAACCCACUCGGGGUGCCAGGCGGUCUAUCACACUUAUACUUACAAAUUGUGAUUGUUUUAGAACCACAUUUUAUGAUGUACUUUGUGGAAGUAUAGAUCGGGGUGUUGCUGCAGAUGUGAUCUAGGAUAUUUCUAAGGCAUUUGACAACGUUAUUCACCAAAGUGAGAAUUAUGGGGGAUUGAAAGUGAAUGCAGACAGAAUUUCAAAUUUGGAAUUUACUUGGAAUUCCCCCAAUUCUCACUUUAGUUGAUAGCCCUGUUCUUGGAUUCAACAGAGGUUUAAAGAAAGAGUGUGGAGAGUAAUAAGUAAUAAAAAAUAUUCAAAUUGGACAAACGUAAUAAGUAGAAUCCCUUAAUGCUCAAGUCUCUGCCACAUAGGAGUUAAAGCACUCGUUUCGGUUCAUGCCACCAUAACUACACUUCCUCUGGCUGUGACUCACAAUCUCCAUGAAAAAAAAAAAAAUCAGAGGUUAACUUACUUUAGUUUUUAUCUCCUGCUCUGUAAAUUGAACUUUAAUCUCACACAGGAGGUUCCUGCAGGGUCUAGUUUACUAUUAACUGUACAGGAGAUAAGAACUUCUAGAUUAAAUCUCUUUUCAGGAGGUGUUUAUGAAGGCUGUGAGGUCACAUGUAGGAAGGUGUGAUUAGGACUGCAUAAAAAUAAAUAAAUCUAUCUAUUGAAGUAGUUCCCAACCUUUUUUGACUUGAGUACCCCUUGGUAGACCAUUUCCAUAAAUUGUGCCCCCAUUAUUUCCAAUAUAUAUGUUUUUCUCUGCCCAAUUUCCCAUUUUCUCUGCCUGCUCUUCUUCUGACAGGUGUGGGAGUGUAACAGUGUGAGGGCAGUGUGUGGGAGGGUGACGUUGUGGGAGGGAGGCAGUGUGUGUGGAAAGGUGACAUUGUGAGGAGGCAGUGUGUGGGAGAAGGAUAGUGUGGGAGGGCAUGUGACAGUGUGGGGGAGGUGGCGACAGAGCAUGGGGGAAGUGUGUGGGGAGGUUGUCAGUGUGGGGGAGUGGGGUGACAGUGUGUGGAAAGGGGAUUGUAGGGGGAUGGUAUGUAGGGAGGGCAGUUGGGGGGACAGUGUGUGGGGAGGAGGGCAGUGUGGAAGGAGAAUAGGUGACAGUGUGUGGGGGAAGUUUUUCCGGAGGGUGACAGUGUGGGGAGGACAGGUGACAGUAUGUGGGGAGGUUUACGGUGUGUGGAGAUGUUGGGGAGGUUUAUGACAGAGUGAGGAGGUGACUAUGUGGAAGCGCGUGACAUUGUGGAAGGAGGACAGGUGAAAUUGGAGGGGGCAGUGUGUGGGUAGGGUGACAGUGUGGGGGUAACAGUGUGAGGAGGGCAGAGGGCAGUGUGGGAGAGGGCAGGUGCCAGUGUGUGAAGGGGGGUAUGACAGUGUGUGGGAAGGGGGGUGACACUGUGAGGUGGAGGGGACUGACAUUGUGUGGAGGAUGUGUGACAGUUUGGGAAGACGGUGGCAGUGUGGGGGUAGCGUGUGGGAAGAGGACAGGUGUCAGAGGGAGGCAGUGGGGAGGGGGCAAUGACAGUGUGGGAGGAUGACAAUAGGGAGGAGGGCAAUGACAGGGUGGUAGGGGGACAGUGGGGAGAGUAACAUUGGAGACGGAGGCAGUAUCAGUGUGGGAGGGAGACAGUGGUGAGGGGGCAAUGGCAGUGUGUAAGCAUUACAGUGAGGAAGGAGAAGAGGUAGUGUGGGAGGGAGGGAGGCAGGCAGUGUCAGUGUGAGAGGGGGGCAAUGGCAGUGUGGGAGAGUGACAGUAGGGAGGGGGGCAAUGGCAGUGUUGGAGAGUGACAGUGGGGAGGAGGCAGUGGCAGUGUGGGAGAUGGGCAAUGGCAGCAUGGGAGAGUGACAGUAGGGAGGGGGCAGUGUGGAAGGGAGACAGGGUGAGUGUGGGGGGGCAGUGGCAGUGUGGGAGGAUGACAGUGGGGAGGGGGGUUGUGGCAGUGUGACAGUAUGGAAGGGUCACAGAUAUACACAUUCAGACACUCACACAUACAUACAUAUUCAGAUACUCACACAUACAUAUUCAGACACUCAUACAUAUUCAGACUCACACAGACAUACAGAUUCAGACACUCACACAUAAUAUACAUACAUACACACAGAUUCAGACACUCAGACAUACAGAUUCAGACACUCACACAUAACAUACCUACACAUUCACACACUCACACAUACAUACAGAUGCAGACACUAAUACAUACAUACAGAUUCAGACACUCACACAUAACAUACAUACAGAUUCAGACACUCUCACACAUUCAUAUUCAGACACUAACACAUGCAUACAUACAGAUUCAGACACUCACACAUAACAUACAGAUUCAGACACUCACACAUAACAUACAGAUUCAGACACUCACAGACUUACAGAUUCAGACACUAACACAUGCAUACAUACAGAUUCAGACACUCACACAUACAUACAUAUUCAGACACUCACAUAACAUACAUACACAUUCAGACACUCACAUAACAUACAUACACAUUCAGACACUCACACAUGCAUACAUACAGAUUCAGACACUAACACAUGCAUACAUACAGAUUCAGACACUAACACAUGCAUACAUACAGAUUCAGAUACUCAUACAUACAUUCAGAUUCAGACACUCACACAGACAUACAGAUUCAUUGCAGACACUCACACAUACAUACAGAUUCAUUGCAGACACUCACACAUACAUACAGAUUCAGACACUCAUACAUACAUACAUACAUACAGGUUAAGAUUUUAGCCAAAAGUGUUUAAAUAUAAUCACAUAGGAUAUAUAUAAAAACUAGGGUGCCACAAUCACAGUGGUGUGACAAUAAUUACCACUCAGAUGAUGAAUCCAUAUAUAGGAGGAAAAAAAUAUAUAUAUAAUCAUAGUAUAGUAAUUUUUUAACCACAAAUAAUUUUAUAAAAUAGUUCAAAUCACACUCACAAAAAAACAUGGCACAAUUAGAAAAACUCCUAAAUUGUGCAAAAGAUCUUAUAAGCCACUAGCUGGGCUAAGUUCCCUUGUGUAGCCUAUGGUAUGUCUUGGCAUCAAUAGUCUCACUUCCUCAAAUUUCCAGUUAAUGAGGGUCCAUAAAAGAGUUCCUUUGAUGGAGGUAAAGGCUGUGCAAAUCCUUUCUGGGGAACAGCUUACACGGUUCUUGCUCGACGCGUUUCGUCUUUGUGGACUUUUUCAAUAGUCUAGUGGUCUUCUCUAUUCCAUUAGUUUAUAGCCUUAAAUUUUGCACGCUUUUCCGGUAUGCAUGCGCGAGCGAUAUGAAAUGCAUGUAAUUGCGCCCGACCAUCUCACCGUGCACGUGCAACCAACCUGAAACGCAGAUAAACUUUAUUGAUACUGUUCGUGGACAAUAGCAACGUAUAAGUCGAACAAAGUAUAUGUUCAGGACUUACUUUGUCCGUGAUUUUGAAUGAACAGAAGAACAUAUAGUGUGUGAAUACCACUUACAAUGUGAAAAUAAAAUAAAAAUUAUAUUGAUACAUGGUCAGAAUACAAACUAUAAUAAUAUAUAUUCAGACAUGAUCUAUUUUGGAAUGAUAUACCUGAAGUCACAUAAGUUAAAGCCAUAUAACCUAUAACCGAUAUAAUUAAAAAGGUCAUACUGAGGAAUUAAAGUAGUCCUAUACAGAUUCAGACACUAGCACAUGCAUACAUACAGAUUCAGACACUCACACAUACAUACAUACAUACAUACAGAUUCAGACACUGAACUGUACCCCUGGGGGUACGCGUACCACAGGUUGGGAACCGCUGAUCUAUUGAAUGGCAGAGGAUUGAACAGUGAUCUAUACAUUAAAACUGAUUUGUUAAGCUAAAGUUGUGAUUAUGGUAUUCCUUUAAAGUAAUACAGCCUAAAUACAUUAUUAAGGAAUGGGCAGUCAGGUUGCAGAUAGGAUUAAAUACAAACAAAUACAAAGUUAUGCAGUUUGUAAUGAUGAAUAUGCAAUCACCUUAUCACGGAAUCCGGGAGCUAGAGAUAAUUGUAAAUAAGGACUUGGGAAUUGUUAAAAACAAGAGACUAUGAUAAAAUGUGCAAUUUCAGUCAUCAAGGUACUGUAGAUACAUAAAAAAGGUUAAAAAAAUAAAUUUAAAAAAAAGUGAAGAGAAAAUUAUAAUUUAGCCUUGAAUAUAUAGUGAAACUUUGGCCACUUUUAUAGAGCUGAGAAAAGUGUAGGGGUAGGCUACAAAACGAAGCCCAUGGAGAAAGCGCAGCUUAGGGAAUAGGGCCUUGACAGGGCUAGUAGGCGGGUUAGGAGGUGGGAGCAGUAAGGGAUUGGUGGAGCAGUGCUUGGGGCUUGGCUGAUAUAAAUGGUCAGCCAUUUUGUGAUCCCUCACUCUAAUUUUGCAGGGGGUCUUUGGGGUUGUCCACCAGGGGGAGCACGUCAGGCCUCUCGCGACAGGGGGGGUGCAGCCAGGAGAGAGCGAAGUCGAGUGGCGGGGUCCCCUGGGGGGUCUACUGGUACGGCAGAUUAUUCGGGUGUGGAAUGAUACAGAAUGAUGUUAGCUCCCGACAGCGUCUCCAGCUUGUAAUCCACGAGAUGCUGGUGACGGUGAUGUGAGGCGGGCACGGCGCCAGACGCGACGGCUUCUGCGGGUGGCCAGGGCUGCAGGUAGCGUGGAGUGAAUGGCAAGGGAACAGGUGGGCCGCCAGGGUCGCACCUUGGUAGCUAUGGCCGGCUGCGGCGAGCAGGCGGACCACAGGGGUUGCGCCUUGCAUGGAACGAGAGAUGGGCCGUGAGGUCAUGCAGUAGUAGGUCCCCGAGACCCAGUUGGGUCAGAUAGUGGGGCAUUUUGAGGACGCCCCCUUCUCCAACCUACGGGUGUCACCCUUGGGGGUGGUCCCCAAGAAAGAGGUGGGGAAGUACCACCUCAUCCAUCACCUAUCUUACCCCAAAGGGGCAUCCGUCAAUGAUGACAUUACCACGCAUCAUUCGACCAAGCGGUCGAGUUGGUUAAAGGGGCCGGGGGGCAUAUUGAGGCAGCGUUCCGGUUGUUACCCGUGCACCCAGUGAAUCAUCACCUGCUGGGUUGCUUCUUUGAAGGGCGGUUCUUUGGGUUGCUCCAUUUCUUGCUCGUACUUCGAGAAGUUUAGCUCGUUCCUGGAAUGGGUGGUGAAAUGGGAAUCUGGUAGCCGGGCAGUGGUACACUACCUGGACGAGUUCUUGUGUGUGGGCCUGGCUGAGUCCCCAACUUGUUGCUACUUGCUGAGGACAAUCGAGUGGGUGGCCAGCACGUUUGGGGUGCUGCUGGCAGCGGACAAGACAGAGGGCCACCUGUUUAAGUUUCCUCGGGCUGGAAAUCGACUACCAGCUAGGGGAAUGCCGUCUUCCCUUGGCGAAACUCGUGGGGCUGUGGGAGGUGGUAGCGGCAGUUGCGGAAGGUCACGUUGAAGGAUCUGCAAUUGCUUAUUGGCAAGCUCAACUUCGCGUGUCAUGUCGUUCCCAUGGGGCAGAUAUUCAGACGGAGCCUUGCCAGGGCUAUGGCUGGGGUGCGGAUGCCGCACCACUUUGUGUGGGUGUCCUCGUCAUGAGGGCAGACCUGGGGGUUUGGGACACAUUCCUGGAGCAUUUCAGUGGCAUGGUAUUCUUCAGGCGGGAGGCAGUGUCAGCUGCCAAACUGGAGCUGUACACGGAUGCCUCGGGUAGCGUGGGAUUUGGGGCGUACUUUGGCGGGUGGUGGUGCACGGCGCCCUGGCCAGCUGCUUGGCUGGGGAGCCCACUGGUACGGAACUUGGCCUUUCUGGAACUGUUCUCGUUGGUGGCCGCCUUGUUGCUUUGGGGUGCACUCCUGAGCGACAGAAAGGUGGUCUUCUAAACGGAUAAUAUGGCAGUGGUGCAUGCAGUUUAUAAUAUGUCGGCCGCCUCGGUGCCAGUGGUGCAGCUGCUGCGGAAGUUUGUAUUACCCUGCAUGUCCCUCAAUGUGGUAUUUGAACGCAGUGGCUGAUGCUCUUUCUCGUUUGCAGUUGUCCCGAUUCCCGAGAAGACUGGCCGGGGCAGAUGUGGCGGCUCGGGACGUCCUGCUUGGGGGGCUGCUGAGGGCAUUGAUGGCCCCGGGUACCUGGAUGGCAUAUUGUAAGGUUUGGGAUGCAUGGGAACGGUCGCUGGAGGGUUUGGAUAGAGUCGUGGCAGGUGGUGCUGAGCUGGAUGCGUUGCUUUGGGAAACAUUCCGACUGCUUAGCAGGGGGUCCUCCACGGCAGUAGUGGAUAGGCACAGGGCUGCGCUGGCAUUCUGGUUUAAAUUGCGCGAGUGGGUAGACUUCACUAAGCACUUUGUGAUAAGGCAAGCGCUCAAAGGUUUACGGAAAGACAACAUGAACCGGGAUGCCAGGAGGCCGGUUUCCAUCGCGCUCCUGGAAAAGUUGGUGAGUUCACUCGGUGACAUCUGUUUCAACGCAUAUGAAACAGGGUUAUUCACAAUGGCCUUUUUGUUGGCCUACUUUGGCGCUUUCCGGAUAGGAGAGCUGGUCAGUGCUAACAGGGCGUGCCAAGGGGGAAUAUUGCUCUUGGAUGUUCGGUUGGAGCUCGCUUGGGUGGAGAUCUACCUUGCCCGCUCUAAAACUGAUGUCAAAGGAAAGGGUGUCGAAGUAGUGCUGCAUGCGUUUCCGGGAUCCCCAUUGUGUCUGGUAGCUAGUACAUCUUGAUAUUUGUCCCAGUGGCCGAAGAAUGGCGGUUCGUUUUAUUACACAUGGAUGGUUCCUCACUCUCCUGUUUCCAGUUCCUCAGGGUCUUUCGGAUAGGGCUUAGCAGGCUGGCCUCUGGCCGAGCCAGUUCGGGACACACUCGCUCAGGAUAGGGUCCGCGAUGGUGGCUACAUGGUUGGGACUGGGGGAUGAGCUUGUUAAAAAGAUCGGUAGGUGGGAAUCGGUCCGGUUCCGGUCUUACGAUGGCAUUGACAAACUGAUGUGAGGGUUGGCUUGGGGGGGUGCGGCUUGGGGGGGUGCAGCUGACAUGUUUCUCUUGUUCCCGUAGAUCAAGUCGCUUGGAUCGUGGGCCAUUCCUUCAUAUUCUGGGCCAAAAGGAGAGCUGCAGCUCAUUCUCGGGGUCAGCAGCUGGGCUUCCCUGAGAACCGGAUGAGGUUGCUCUGGUUUGGCUACAGGUGGCAGGAGGUUUGCAGUGAGGUGUAUAGGAUGGUGGCGGGUGGUAGAAGACCAGAUCUGCUGGUCUUACACGCAGGUGGCAAUGACCUCAGGCUUAUCCCGCUGCGUCUCUUGGUUAAGCGGAUGAAGCAGGAAUGAAUUAGAUUAGGGCGAGGGUCCCUGGGGUACAUCUGGUCUGGUCGGAAAUGGUUCCCCGCCUCCUUUGGCGGCAUGCUCGGGACAGCGACCAACAGCUGCCGGGCUAAGGUGAACAGGUUGAUGGCUAACUUUAUCAGGAAGGUGGUGGUCCGGCACAGGGAGCUGGAGGAGAGGUUAGCGGGCUAUUUCUCCUCCGAUGGCGUCCAUCUCUGGGAUGUAGGGUGGGACCUUUUUAAUUUAGGGUUGCAGGAAGGCUUGGCCAAGGCGUUAUUUCUGCGGGGUGGCGGAGCUCAGACGGCUUAAGGUGUCAAGGUCUGAGCUUGUGGCGGGGUGGGGUAAGGAACAUUAAGGAUAAUGGAGCUUAGUUAAGAGAGGAAUAAGGGGAGUUAGUUGAUUGGUUAAAAGGGUACACUGUUUGUACAUGUUUUGGUAGGUUUUGAGUCCGUUGGUGGCUCAGAACCUUGGUGGUGUUUCGAGUCUAUUGGUGGCUCAGAACAUCGGUGGUGUAGGGGUAUCUGGGUAUACACCUACCAGGUGAAAUUGAUCAAUGUUGGUACGUUACAUGUUAUAUUAUAUGAUUGUUAUAUAUUGGAAUGUAUUAUGUGGUGGGUCAUUGCCUUGAUGUAAAUAUGGGAAAGAUGAUACGAGGUUGGGGGUGUGGGAGGUAACGACCCUUAUAUAUAUAAUUGUAAAUCAUAACUAUUAUCAUUAUUAUCUUUAUUAUCAUUAAAGCUGUUGACAAUUUGACCCAUACCUCUAAGUGUCCGUGUCUUAUUGGGUGGGUUGGGGUUAAGUCAGAUAUCCUUCCCCCUGCCCAAAUUGCGACUAUGCACCUGUCAUGAAUAAGGUAAUAAAAGGUGUUAAUUGUGUAUGAUAUUGUCUCAGAGGGGAUAUGAUACAAUGUACUAAUGUAUUCAGUGACCAGCACAAACAGAUUCAUCAGAAGUUCGCAGAUCUAUCUUUUUAAAGAAAAUAAUGUGGGAUAACAAAUAGUUGAUCCAAGGAGACAUCUGACUGACAUUUUAAGCACAGGAAGGAUUUUCUGGAAUCUCUUUUAUGUGAUUGUGCAACUACACGUUAUAGUGUGUAAAAAAAAUUACUAACCCAUUGUACAAAUCUACUCAUCAGCAAUUCAUCUUUUUGCAAUUCCAGGAAUUAACUCAAGAGUCAGCAUCUUUUCUUGAUAAACGUUUCAGCAGCUGGAUUGUGGAAAGUCAAGCAGAUUAUGCUGGUAAGAGCAAUGACUUCCACCCAUAUAGUAUUUAUAUUGGUGAGUAUACAAAUCUAUUUUACUAUGUUUUUGAGACAGGCCUAAGAUGCCAAUCACUUCCGAGCACAGAUUCACAAGAGGAGGCUGAACUCACCUAUGUCGUACCACAUCCACUGCUUCAGCUCAGCAUAUCUUCCUCUAGUAGUGAGUACCAGAAUUUAUUCACUGCCUACAGGUCUGUCAUCUAGAACCUAACUGGGGCUUAUUACUUUGCAGAGAGAUUACAUAGCAACAUAAUAUAAGAUUUUUCUUUCCCUAAAGGUUAGGGUAAGGUCAUUAUUAUUAGAUAGCAAGGUAUUAUUAUAUAUGAUGUAUUGAUUUAUAUGGUGUUUCUAAUACUUAGCAACAAGGCCCAAAAUGUAUUCCAAUUGAAGGUGCUAAACACAUAUUAUGCAUUUACCACAUUACAACAUAUUUAUACUGUAAAACAAUGAAAAGUAUUAGUACCCUUGAUUGCAGUGCUUUUUUCCAUCUUAGCCUUGCAAAAUACCACCAUCAUUGUUUUUACUGUAUUUAUCAAAAAAUGUAUGACACAUUAGAAGGGAGUCACAACUAUCGCUCUCCUAUAUCAAAUUAAGUUCAAUCCAUAUGUUUUCAAAAGAUUUUUAACCUGGAGUUUGAAAUGGUAUUGUAGAAAAGGAGAUUUUUACACAACGAAAAAUUGUACUUAAUGCAGGACAAGUAUGUUAUAUCCUAAGUUACCACUAGAGGCAGCACAAAAGCAAAGACUUGUUCUAGCUCAUUCUGGAUAUAACACUCUUUACACUACAUCAGGGGUAGGCAACCUACGGCACUAGUGCCAUGCACGGCACUCAAGGUGUCUUUGCACGGCACUCAGGGCUGCUAGAGCCAAACAGACUCUGGCCUAUCAGGAGUCCCAGAUAAACUUCAGAUAUCUGCUAAUGCAAAAAGGUGGUGAAGGGAAAUCCUUAAUUUAAGCAUUGCAGCACGUAGAGGAAGUUAUCUCAGAUCACAUCAUUCCAGCACUUGUGAAUGGGAAUCCACACUGGAGUAGAGCAGCCCGCAACUGCUGUUGCAGCUCCUGUCCUUGAGCUGUACCUGGCAGUCCUGGUCCCCACUGGAACCCAGGGAAGCCACCCACACUGCUAAAUAUACACAGAGCUGCAGAAUAACCCUCCCCUCAUACAAAUAAUACAAACAGCCCACACACAAACACAACAUACAAUCCGCACAAACUUAACACCACUGACAAUCCACAUACAUGCACACAACCCCACAUGCAGCCUCUCACAUGCAAUGCCCCAAACAGCCCCACAAUACCAUAAACUACUCAUAAACAUAUACAAUGAUACAAAGCAACUACAGUAUACGUAACAAGCAGAAUAGAGCAACAUACACACCUCAAUUUAAAGAAUUAGGACCGGCACACUACAGGACAUCACAAUCCUAUUUCGGCACAGUGCUGCUAAAAGGUUGCCUAUCCCUGCACUACAUAGUUGACAACCAGCAGAGGCCAGAGAAUGAUAAAUAAGGACAAGCAUAUCAAAAAUAAAAAAAAUAAAUGAUCAAAUCCUACAAAUAUGAAAUUAUGGCCUACAAAUACCAGAAUAUUUUGAAUGCAAUAGAUGGUCAGAGAAGGGAAUUGUGGUUCAGCAACAUCGGGGGGGUCCAGAGAUGUCUGGUGUGGGAUAAGGGUAAGGGGGCAAUCUACACCACAGCUUAGAACCAAGAAAGUAAAUCAAAAUUGUAACGGAUCGACGGGCACCUUGACUGGGUACCUCCGUUGAAGGAUGCUCCUAGCGCUUCCUGAGGACUCCAAGCACUGCAGCAGACACCAUAACCACCAUAGACUCCUCCAAGAGCUAAGUAGUGAUUUAGCAAGGGAGUAUGACAAGCAUAGCAAUCCCUGUAGCAGAUUCCCCCAAUAAGAGACGGCACUCCAAAUGAGGGUGAAGUAGAACUUAACUGAGGUUUAAUUUCACAUUCCUUGCUUUUAUGCAAUGCUCCGAUGCAAGGGAGACACCCAAAAUAAUUAGUACAUUCACCAAUCGGAUACAUGUUCCCUCCCACACAUCUCCUCCCUUCUGCCUGUGAUACACUUAUCUCAACACAAUAGACUAACUUAAUUAUCACAGGCAGAGAAAUACAGUUUUUAGCAAAUUCCAUACAGGGGUUAAAAAGUUAGCUGGAGGUCCCUUUUUGACCGACCGCAAGCACAUUUUUAUGCCCAAAACAGUUCCAUAGAUUUGGGCUGUGCAGUCGGUCUAUCUCAGGAUAAAAAUGGGACUUAGUCUCUGCGGUUGUAAAAUCAUUGUGGGAGAAGGUAAGUCUCAGCGGUGUUCGCGGAACUGUGUAGCCGAUUUCAGUUCCAUGAAUUUGGCUACACACACCGCUGACCGCAUUGAAUAAAAAGAGAUGGCCGCCACUACGUGUUUGUUUGCGCGAACGGCGACCCCCCAGCGUUUGGCAAUUUACCUACAGCAGGCUCCCAGCCUGGGAAGUAAAUUGCCUGCACACUUCCAGCUCUGGGUGGUCCGCCUGUGCAGUGAAUGGCUCAGUAAGCCCCAAUUACCGAACCAUAAGGAAAAAAGCCAUUUAAAAGUUAUUUCCAAAGUCUGGGGACAUUGGGGACACCAUCUCAAAGGGGCAGUGUCCCAAACAAGUCUGGGGACACUGGGGACACAGUUUUAAAGGGGCCUUCUCCCAAAUAGGUCUGGGGACACAGAUUUAAAGGGGCAUUGUCCCAAAUUUUCGCCAUGCCCCAAAAUGGUUCUUAAACGGCUAGCAGCACCAAACUAAUCCAAUAUGCCCAAAUAUUGUACUUAAAGGGCCACAUCUUCCAGGGACCAUAAUCACUGGGUAGGAGGCGGGCCAGCAGCCCCCUCCAAGAAUACAUGGCAAACUCCGUUAGAGGGGAGAGUUUGCUACAAAAAUAUUUCAUAAACUUGUACAUUUAUUUGAGACCAAUGUAAUACAUUGAUAAAUGGAAUGAUUUACCGUAAUAAUAAAAAACUUUUGCAUGACUGUAUGAAUUACAUGAUUGAAUUUUAGCAUUUGCUGAAUUGCUUGCAUUCACCCCUAUCAUACACAAGGCAGUUCUUGUUCAGGUGUUUAUUUACCUCACCAACUAUUGUAACUCUCUCCCUAUUGCCCUUCAUAAUGCCCAAACUGACCCUUUACAGCAAGCAUGUGGCCCACAAUGAAUAUAUUUGCGGCCCGCCUGCCCUGGGACCACUGUGUGCUGUGCCUGCGACCAGCCGCAAGAUAGGAAAGCUAUUUCCUGUCUGGUUCUUGUCUUCCCUCCCACGACCACAAGAGGGCAAAGUGGCUGUCUGUCUGUAGAGCAGGUCAGGCACUCACCCUUCCUUCCUGCUCACAGUGCCAGAGGAGCCUGGCCUGCUUGCAGAGUAGAGCUGGAACUGGAGGACGGGUGGAUCAUCUUAAGGUAAGGGAAGAGGGGUUUGGGGGACCUUCCUAUGUAGUUGGGGGGGGGGGGCAAUGUAUUAAUUAGGGGAGGGUGGUGGCCAGUGUAUUAAAUUGGGGGGGGGAAUGGGCACUGUAUUAAUUUGGGGAUGGGGCAAGUGUUUUAAUUUGGAGAGGGAGGGGACCAGUGUGUUAAAUUGGGUAAUGGAGGGGGCCAGUGUAUUAAAUUGAGGAAGGGAGUGGGGCAGUGUAUUAAUAUGAGGGAGGGAGGGGGCAGUGAAUUAAUUUAGGGGCUGGAGGGGGACAGUGUAUUAAAUUGGGGGAGAGAAUGGGGCAGUGUAUAAGAGUGGUAGGAGGGGGCAGUGUGUUAAAUUGGGGGUAGGGCAGUGUAUUCAUUUGGGGAGGGAGUUUAUUCAUUUGAGGGAGGGGGCAGUGUAUUAAUUUGAGAGAGGGAGGGAGCAGUGUAUUCAUUUGGAGGAAGGAAUGUAGAGGAAUUUUUUUGAAUGUAUUUUAUGUGUAUACAGUUUUCUGUUGAGAACACUGUAACGGACCGUUUUGCACACAAGGGGUAAAAAACCGUUUAGGCGAUCGGCCCCCUUUCCAGAGAUGCAGGCACAGCUACUGCAGAACACCAAACUCCCAAACUGGAUACAAAAUAGCACUCCAACUCCCGAACUGGAACCUCCCAAAUAGCUGCUAGCAGACGAACAGGAAAAGCUCACAAGCGGCUUACACUCCUGGCAAUCAGUCUCUAACAGCAUACAGUGAAUCCUCCCCAAGAACGAGACAAGGCUCCGUGUUGAGGGUCAAGCAGUGGUCUGAGGUGCUGGCACACCCAGCCUGGUUUUUAUUACAGUCUUGUAAAUACAGGACCGCCCACAGGGAGGUAUAAAACAACCAAUCACAUCACAGUUACAUCCCACAUAUUCCCUCCCCUUAUCCUGAGUGUUAAAACAUACUUUUUACCCAACUUUCAUAACUCUAAAACUAUACAUCACAUUCACAUAAAAUUACAUAUUCACAAUCAAUCCAUUCAGGGGAACAACAUAUUCAAAAAUGGCACAAAUCAGACAAGGGGUUCAAAAGUUAGUAAAAAGUCCUUUGUGACUAAAUGAAGCAUGGCUUUCUGGCCCAAACCAGUUUCAGAGUCUUCUAUCCUGGAGAUAAGUAAUUCAAUUAUCUCCCAGGACAGACACAAGACUCCAUUAAGCACAUGGUUGCAAAAAGACACAAAACACUUUAAAAUACAUAAAGUCACAUUUACACAUAAAACACAGACAUUUCACAUAUCCCCAGAUAGCUCAGGUCUGAGCGCACAUUAUUAAGUGAAUGGCGCUCAGACCACACAAUACAGUUUAAUCGCCAUGGAGCCAAAGUCUUUACAGUCAGUUUCAUACAAAUGGGCUCCAUGGGAUUCCUAUCUGGGGUAGAACACAUUCAAACAAAUCUACUGAACCCCAGGCAGAAAAGCACGAAUACAGCUUUUCUGCAGGCAAAAAUAAAGUCUUUUAAAAGGGGGCCAUAGUCCAAAGGCAGCAGGCGAGCAACCAGGCUUCUCCAAUGCAAUGUGGCGAGAUUGGUCUCGUCACAUCUCUCCCCUUUUCCAAACAGACUAACAGGGUAUCUGACCUCCUGCCGGUCAGUGCCCUUGUUAGUCCAGCAGCCCACCCACAACAAAUAAUCAACAGCACAGCCCACCCACAAUAAAUGGUUACUACACCUGGGUAAAGGGAAGCUUGUCCAUGUCCAGGUGCCUCACCACGGCUGUGCUGGGUACGGGUACGCUGACUUGGUGGGUUGCUGCGUGGGCAGAGACCAGCGGCACUCUGCCCUGUUGCCAGCGCUACUGGGAGGGUAGCCUGGUGGAAGCCUGGUUGUUGGAGGGGGAGACCGACUGUCUCCCCUUUAAAUACACCGCUCUGCUGCUGCUGCUGGAGACUGACUGUCUCCCCUUUAGAUGCACAGUCCUGCUGCUGGAGACCGACCGUCUCCCCUUUGGUUACCCAUCUCUGCUGCUGGAGGGGGAGACCGACUGUCUCCCCUUUGGCUAAACAGCCCUGUCGCUGGGGGGCAGGACCGACCGUCCCUACCCCCUGUGCUGGCAGUGUAGAGACUACGGUCCCAUCUGCACGGUUGUGGGGCUUACUGUCUCCCCUUUGUACAUUAAGCUGCCGCUGGGGAGAGGGGGUAACAAGCUCCUCUCCCAUACAAACUUCCAGCUGUGGGGGAGGGAGACCGACUGUCUCUGCUCCCAAUACAGAGUCCUGCUGCUGGGGAAAGGAGACUGGGCUAUCUAUUCCCGGUAGGACACUCUGCCGCUGGGGAAUGGAGACUGGGCUCCCAAUUCCCAAAGCAUCAUACUGCCGCUGGGGAAUGGAGACUGGGCUCCCAAUUCCCAAAGCAUCAUACUGCCGCUGGGGAAUGGAGACUGGGCUCCCAAUUCCCAAAGUAUCAUACUGCCGCUGGGGAAUGGAGACUGGGCUCCCAAUUCCCAAAGCAUCAUUCUGCCGCUGGGGAAUGGAGACUGGGCUCCCAAUUCCCAAAAAAUCACGCUGCCGCUGGGGAGGGAGGACACUGCUCUCCUCUCCCUGGACUUCCACUGCCUUCCCGGCAUAUCACUUGGCUGCUGGGGGGCAGGAACAACUACCUCUGCCCCCUGUAACUCAGCCUGCCGCUGGGGAAUGGAGCUCAGGCUCCCAAUUCCCUGCAAUAUCUCCCGCUGGGGAAUGGAGCUCGGGCUCCCAAUUCCCUGCAAUUUCUCCUGCUGGGGAAUGGAGCUCGGGCUCCCAAUUCCCUGCAAUUCAUUCUGCUGCUGGGGGACAGGAGCGACUAUCUCUGUCCCCUGUAACUCAGCCUGCCGCUGGGGAAUGGAGCUCAGGCUCCCAAUUCCCUGCAAUAUCUCCCGCUGGGGAAUGGAGACUGGGCUCCCAAUUCCCAAUAAAUCACACGGCCGCUGGGGAAUGGAGACUGGGCUCCCAAUUCCCUGCAGGACCGGUGGAGAGACCUCGGUCCCAUCUCUACCGGCCACCUGGGGUUCUUCCCAGAAAAUAUCCACAAUGUCUUCCCAGCUGAAUGGGUCUGGUUCUGGCUCUGUCACCUUGCUGUCCUGCUGAAUCUUCUCAAUGGAGUGGAAGAGAUCUCGGUAGUCCUGCUCCAGUUCCCACUCCAGGGUUGCUAGGUGAGCCAGGUCUUGCUCAAUGUCGUGAGUGUCGUCCCAGUCAUACCUGCUCUCCCUCCACUCCAAGAGAUCACUGAACCGGGCUUGUGUAGGGCUCCCAAAUUCAGGCUCUGAAAAAGCCUCCCAUAACAAGCCAGGACCAUCAAACUCCUCUCCCUCUGGCUUGUCAUGCUCGGCUGUCCAGGGCAGGUACUGUGCCCCAUACCACCAAAGCGCCUGGUAUGCAUCUUCCAGCCAAAUCUCCUGCCAUACCCGGUGCUCCAAUUCCUUCACCCAUUCAUCUAGGGGCUGCUCUCCCAGGAAGGGCAUCCGCAGGGCCACUUGCUUCUUCAACCGCUGCUCUUCACUGGGGAUACUCUCACCCCGCUGGUACUGUACAUUAUCCAGGGCCUGGUACCAGAUGCCUUUCCUUAAUGCAUCCCGGCCAUCCAGGUCCUCCUCCUCGUAUGACACUGCUGGUUCCAUGCUGUUGCUGUCAGGGUCGCUGUACUCAGACAUGCGUUGCCCUCAAAUUGUAAAUCCAAGGAAUGGUGUCGCCUGUAGCUGUCCUGUAGUCUGUGGGAACGAUCCCACCGCUUGCCACCAAUUGUAACGGACCGUUUUGCACACAAGGGGUAAAAACCGUUUAGGCGAUCGGCCCCCUUUCCAGAGAUACAGGCACAGCUACUGCAGAACACCAAACUCCCAAACUGGAUACAAAAUAGCACUCCAACUCCCGAACUGGAACCUCCCAAAUAGCUGCUAGCAGACGAACAGGAAAAGCAGACAACAGCUUACACUCCUGGCAAUCAGUCUCUAACAGCAUACAGUGAAUCCCCCCAAGAACGAGACAAGGCUCCGUGUUGAGGGUCAAGCAGUGGUCUGAGGUGCUGGCACACCCAGCCUGGUUUUUAUUACAGUCUUGCAAAUACAGGACCGCCCACAGGGAGGUAUAAAACAACCAAUCACAUCACAGUUACAUCCCACAUAUUCCCUCCCCUUAUCCUGAGAGGAAACUCAAUUAUACAUACAGUUAAAACAUACUUUCUACCCAACUUUCAUAACUCUAAAACCAUACAUCACAUUCACAUAAAAUUACAUAUGCACAAUCAAUCCAUUCAGGGGAACAACAUAUUCAAAAAUGGCACAAAUCAGACAAGGGGUUCAAAAGUUAGUAAAAAGUCUUUUGUGACUAAAUGAAGCAUGGCUUUCUGGCCCAAACCAGUUUCAGAGUCUUCUAUCCUGGAGAUAAGUAAUUCAAUUAUCUCCCAGGAUAGACACAAGACUCCAUUAAGCACAUGGUUGCAAAAAGACACAAAACACUUUAAAAUACAUAAAGUCACAUUUAUUACAUAAAACACAGACAUGUACAUAUCCCCAGAUAGCUCAGGUCUGAGCGCACAUUAUUAAGUGAAUGGCGCUCAGACCACACGAAUACAGUUUAAUCGCCAUGGAGCCAAAGUCUUUACAGUCAGUUUCAUACAAAUGGGCUCCAUGGGAUUCCUAUCUGGGGUAGAACACAUUCAAACAAAUCUACUGAACCCCAGGCAGAAAAGCACGAAUACAGCUUUUCUGCAGGCAAAAAUAAAGUCUUUUAAAAGGGGGCCAUAGUCCAAAGGCAGCAGGCGAGCAACCAGGCUUCUCCAAUGCAAUGUGGCGAGAUUGGUCUCGUCACAAACACUAUAAUCAAGAAUGACCCAAAAGUGAUAUUUAAUUAAUAUAACCACAUAUUGCCAUUCCAGUCCAUGUGCAAAUGCCAUUUAAUAAACUGCAGGAACAUACACUUAUUUGCUCUAGAUAAAUACAUUUUAUUGAGCUCUCUUAAAAUAUGCUUUUGGAAUGGAUAAGGCAUCUAAACUAGAGAGAGUGAUUUGGCAAUCCCAAAAUGCAGAUAAGUUGUGAGUCUCCCCAUAUAAGACCCUUGAAUAUAUCACAGUGGGCUGGGAGAAGACAAAUAUACAUUAUUUGAAUUACUCAUGUUUACAUCCUUAUGAAAGUUGAACACUUGUAAAUGUAAAGGCUUGUUUAUUUUUAUUCAAGAGCAUUUAUAAAAAGAGAUAUGACAUUUAAAUGCAGCAAGCGCCCCCAACAACAACCUUGGCACACCAAGCUGACUCGAUAUCUCCAAAAAUGCUCCAGAACUGCUGAAUGCUGUUGGAGAAAGUCUCACUUUGCGUCUGACUUUCUCCACUAUAAAUUUUUGCUGCGGUCAUACAACUUGGAUCUUUGCUCUGCAAAAGUAAAUUACUUCAAUACCCUCAUAACCACACUCUCCUGCGAACCCAAACGACUAUUUCACACAUUUAACUCUCUUCUUCGUCCUAUUGUUCCUCCUCCACCUACUAACUUGACCGCCUUAGACUUUGCAACUCACUACACUGACAUGAUCUCUACAAUCAGGGAAGAGAUCUCUUAUCUUUCUUCUUCCCCUUACAAAACUUCCCCUAAUCGCACCCCCUCUGCUGUUCUGUGUUCAUUCGUACCCGCUACAACGGAAAAGGUUUCUGCUCUGCUCUAGUCCUCCCGCCCCAUCACCUGCUCUCUAGAUCCAAUUUCCUGGCAUCUCAUCCGUACUCUGUCUUCUUCUCUUUCUCUACCUCUCAGUAAAAUUCUCAAUCUCUAUCUCUCCUCUGGCAUAUUUCCAGCGCCCUUCAAACAUGCAACUAUAACCCGAAUUCUAAAGAAGCCCAACCUUGACCCUAACUCCCGUCCUAUCUCACUUGCCUUUUACACCCAAGAUGCUUGAAAGAGUUGUAUAUGCGAGACUAACAGACUUCCUCGAGUCCAAUUAUCUGCUAGACCCGCUUCAGUCUGGUUUCCGUGCUAAGCACUCCGUAGAAACGGCACUUACCAAAGUAUCCAAUGAUCUACUCGCUGCAAAAUCUCAUGGUCACUACUAUCCGAAUUCUCCUUGACCUUUCUGCAGCUUUUGACACUGCUGAUCAUCAACAGCUUCUUCUCAUCCUCCGCAAUAUCGGUCUACAAGAUAUUGCUCUCUCCUGGAGCUCCUCCUACCUCUCCCAUCACUCUUUCAGUGUUUCUUUCUCUGGCUCUACUUCUUCUCCCCAACUCCUCUCUGUUGGUGUCCCCCAAGGUUCAGUUCUUGGUCCCCUACUGUUCUCAAUCUACAGGUAUACUGCCUCCCUUGGUAAACUCAUUAACUCCUUUGGCUUCCAAUAUCAUUUCUAUGUGGAUGACACGCAAAUCUAUUUGUCCUCUCCUGAUCUCUCCCCAUCCCUCUUGACUAGUGUCUCUGACUGCUUCUCUGCUAUUUCUAACUGGAUGGCUGCCAAUUCAUGAAACUGAACUUGACCAAAACUGAAAUUCUGGUCUUUCAUCCCUCACGUGUUGCUACUCCUGUGUCUGUCUCCCUCCAAGUCAACGGUGCUACCAUCAGCUCCACCACGCAAGCUCGUUGCCUAGGUGUUCUCUUUGACUCCGACCUCUCCUUCACACCUCAUGUUCAGUCUACCGCCAAAUCCUGCUGCUUCCAUCUCAAAAACAUUGCGCGCAUCUGAACUUACUUAACACCAGAUGCGACUAAGGUGCAUGUCCAUUCUACUGUCCUCUCACGCCUUGAGUACUGUAAUCUGCUUCUCAGUGGUCUUAUGCUGCUUAUUACUACUACAUAAUGCUGCUCCCACCUAUCUAUCCUCCCCAAUACACAAGUAUGUCCCGUCUAGGCCCUUACGCUCUGCUGAAGACUUACGUCUAUCUUCUGUCUGUACUCCUACCUCUAAAGCUCGCCUUCAAGACUUCGAGGGCUGCACCAUUCCUGUGGAACUCACUUCCCUCCUCUGUUAGAUGCUCACCCAGUCUCCACUCCUUCAAAAAAUCAUUAAAAACCCACUUCUUCAUAAAAGCGUAUCAAUUAAACUUUCAAUAGCUCCCGACUGAUUCCUCUCUUGUAACUGUCAUUAGUCUAAUACUUCCCUUACCUUUUGUGUCACUUUACCCCACUCCCUCUAGCAUGUAAGCUCAUUGAGCAGGGCCCUCAACUCCUCUGUUCCUGUGUGUCCAACUUGUCUGGUUACAACUACAUGUCUAUUCGUCCACCCAUUGUAAAGCGCUGCGAAAUUUGUUGGCACUAUAUAAAUAACAUAAUAAUAAUAAUAAUAACAACAACGUGUAAAAUACAAUUAAUCUCAUUACCUGUGUACCUAAUACCUUUUUUAAUUUUGUCUGUAUAACACCAGAUUUAAUUAUACCUGUUCUUUUAAAUCUAUAAAUGUUUAUAUAAACAUUAAACAUUUAAUUACAUGGUAAUUGUGCUCAUGUAUAGCAAUUAUCAGAAAUGAAUUGCAUUCAAAAAAUUAAAUGGUUGUUCAAAGCAAGGGGAUUUCUGUUUGAAGCCAAGUCAGUUAAAUGUCUGAAAUAUGUAUAACAAAGUGUUAGAGAAGAUCUAACAAGAACAUUCUUAUAAUUAGGUAAAUGUUCUGACUUAACUAGCAUGGUAGUUAAUUAACCAAAUGUGUGUAACUGCUGUGAGGCACACCGACUGGGCCCAUACACCCUUCCCUAAUUGUAUUCCCUCUACAUUUAUCUUAACAUCUUAAACUUUUGCAAACCAUUUCACCAAUAUCAUCAGUUUCCCUUUACUGGUUGACAUUUUGUACUUCCAUUCAUCCUCAUUUGUCCCAUACCUUCUUCCUAGCAUUCUCUUUCAUGGUGUAUCUUCAACAACCAUCAAUCAUUCCAGAUUCUAUUAAUCUCUCCUAUAUCUCUAUUUACUUCAUUUCAUUUUCCCUAAUAUAUUUUGUCCUUCUAUCCCUUGAGUCAUCUACAUUCACUUUGUGACUCACCUUUUUUCAUUCCAUCUUUCCUUAAUUUAACAUCCCUUUCGUUCUAUGCUUUCUUAUAGUAUACAUGCUCUCCUCCCACUUGUAUUGCAGUUUAUAGUCUCCCUUCCUCCUUGUUGAACACUUUGGUGAUUUAUUCCAGAAGCAAUGGCAGGGUUAUUCACUACGAGAAGUCAAGGUGACUUUCAUAUUUCAGGUCAAAAUAGCUAAAAUGGAAACAUUCUCUAAGCCAGCUCUGCUUUCAGUUCAGCUAAUUCACUUUGAAUUAUCACUUUAGAAAACAACCCUGCUUAUUGUAGUAAAUUGAACUGAAACAUUUAAAGGGACACUACAGGCACCCAGAAUACAUCAGCUCAUUGAAGUUUGGGUGCAACGUCACUGUCCCACUUAAUCCUGCAAUGUAAAUCAUAGCAGUUUUAGAGAAACUGCAAUGAUUACCGUGCAGGAGUAAGACUGCAUCUAGUAUUUGUCAAUCAGACAGCUACUAGAGGCACUUCGUGCUUGCUAUGCGAUUUUUUUGUCACCUAACGCUGGACGUUCUCAUGCCCUGCAUGAGGACAUUCAGCGUCAAUAAAAUCUUUCCUAUGUGGAGCGCCUAAUGCACAUUAGUCCUUUCUCACUCCCAACCCCCCUCUCCCCUGUCGGGUGACUUUGGAGGAGGCAGGGCACUGAGGAAUGAGCCCAGGAAUCGGGUCAGUACAGCAAGGGUUAAUUAACCCUUUCAGUCAGGGCUGGUGCAAGAAUUUUUGGCUGCACAUGCAAAAAUGGAUUUUGAAGCCCUUCCCCACACACACUGGUUCCCUGGGUACUGAUAGGCAUGCAACACCUCCCCUUGCAGCUGGAAAGGCCUACAAGAAAGCUCUGGUUAGUGCCACUGGCCUACACCCAGCCACGCAUCAGCUCGCUUAUUGGCUAACAGCGCAUGGCUGGGCUUAGCUCAAUAACAAGAGUUUCUGGUGGCAGCCUCCUGAAAAUUAACCCUCUCCCUAAUCAAUAUUAAUAAUCACAUAGGCCUGCAGUUUACUUCCCAAAAACUGGAAGUCCUUAUUUCUUUGAGAUUAUACCCUCCCAAACUAAAUUUCCACAUUUCUUUGCAAUGUACCCCUUUCUCCUCAAUUCACAUCAUGAUAUAGCUUCCCAUAGCAAUUAGGUCAAUUAACCCCUUCCAGGUUUCCUGUGUGUACCCUUUUAAAAGCUUUUCCAGCUAAUUUUACUCGACACACUUACAGAGUAACAGUCACACAACACUCACUCACAGACACAUAGACACACUGUCACACAGGAACAAAAAUUCACAGAGAUAUGUGUAACAAUUACAUACAAACAUAUUCAGUUACAGUCAAAUAAAAUCACAAUCAGAAAUAUUUUCAUACACAUACACAUUUACAGUGAUACCUACACACUCACAGACUCACACCUACAGUCACACUCAUAGAUGCUCAAAAUCACACAGACACAGACUUACAAUUACACAUGCAGGACAUGCACACUCAGAGUCAGAAAUUUAUACUCUGACACACACAGACAACACACUUUUCCAGACCCAGAUACCCACUCACAUUCACAGACUCAGAUACCCACUCACUUAUACAAACCCAGAGACCCAGAAACCCACUCACUUUCACACACCCAGAUUCCCACUCACUUUCACAGACCAAGAUACCCACUCACAUUUACAGACCCAGACACCCACUCACAUUUACAGACACUCACUCACUUUCACAGACCCAGAUAACCACUCACAUCCUCAAACCCAGAUACUCACUCACAUUCACAGGCCCAGAUACCCACUCACUUUCACAGACCCAGAUACCCACUCACUUUCACAGACCCAGAUACUCACUCACAGACCCAGAUACCCACUCACUUUCACAUACCCAGAUUCCCACUCAUUUUCACACAACCAGGUUCCCACUUACUUUCACAUACCAGAUACCCACUCACAUUCACAGACCCAGAUAACCACUCACUUUCACAGACCCAGAUACUCACAGUCACUCAUGGAGACACAACAAAGGUGAUCCACCCUCAGUCCUUUUAGCUCCUCAUGCACACUGAGCUCCUGUUGCUUAGAGCUACAAAUUCUUUUCUGCUCCAUAGCAUGCCUCACUGUACCAAGUUUCCCCCGAAUAGUUAAGGAAGGGGGAGCAUAAUUGUUGCCCACGGUAGAGGGGCUGGAUUAAAAGUUGCAACAAUGUUUUAAAUUAUGGAAGAUUUUGAUAUGGAGCAGAGGGAGCAGUUGAGGGACCUUGACUGAAGUUUUCUUCCCUGACUGAAGUUUUCUGUUCUGUGGAUGAAAAAAAAAAAAGGAAUAGUAGCACCUUUUCGCUGCUGACAGGCUGUUCAGACUACCACUAGCAUCAUGGCCACCCCAUCCAUGGAUUCUCUCGUCACGAUCACCAGCAUCUUGUUGGACUGUUAUCCAGACAAAGUGCCUGCUUUGUUCGGUUAUCUGGAUUUAAUUUGGGGCGCAGACAAGAUAUAUGGGAGACAAAGCUGGUUCCGUUAUGACCAGCAGUUCCGUCAGAAGAUGUCAGCCAGACGGGACUUGGAGUGCACGACGGUAGUUUGUGGCUACUGCUGAUGACACCGCGUCGCCCUUCCCCCAUUCCAGGAGCAGCUGGGGCUCAGAGUGGUGUGUCGGCAGGACAGCGUAAAGGAGUUUGUUGGCUCUUUAAAGAGAGCCACUGGAGGUGGUAUGGCUCCUGCAGAUUCUGGCACAAGUGCUCCAAUUGUGGCGAAGCGAACCCAGCCGUUAGAUGUUUCAAGAGAGGUAAGGCUGGUAUUAAGUCCGGUAAGGACGACAUUCCUCGAUCGCCGCAAGGAUGCCCCCAUGGCUUGACCGGUACCCUAGGCGUCGUGAAGCAGAGACUUUACUUGACGGGUUUUUGGAUUCCCACACAUUCUGAGUUGCUGUCUUUUGGGGCUAAUUUGCGUUCUGUUGUGGGAAAACGAAAUAUCUUGGCUGAGAAAUUGGACAAGGAACUCGGUUUGGGGCGCAUAGCGGGCUCUUUCAACAGUCUCCUGUUUCCCAACCUAUGGGUCUCCCCCCUGGGCUUCGUGCCCAAAAAGGAGCCCAAGACUUUCCGUCUCAUUCACCAACUGUCAGGCGGGUCAGUGAAUGAUGACAUCGACAGGAGGUUUCUAGAGUCCAUUAUGCCUCCUUUAACAGUGUUUUAGAUCAAACCAAGUGUUGUUUGCUUGAGUAUCUACCCCCUGUCCAUAUUGUUUGAAACAAGAUGCAUGCAUGCAGAGGUAAAUCACACUGAGACACAAGUUUGCCAGUUAAUGAAAAACUUCGGAAUGUUUUAAUCACGGGGGACGGAGAGCCCCUUAUAAAGGCAGAAAUACAUCAUAUGCAGAAAGCAAGAUAACAGAGAGAAUACGUCUUUAAUCGGUCAAGUGUUAAGUGUCUUAUCUAAUGCACUACCUCCAAAGUGUGAUGUCACCAUCAUCCUGGAUGCGGCUCUCUGGACGAAGACGCCAUCCUAAUACAUGAUAUUCUUUGGUCGAUGGGAGGGGGUGCUCUAGCAGCCAUUUUGAGCAACUACUGAUUACAGGCAUACACAGUAAAUAGACAUUUUACUAACAUUAAUUUCUAUCCACAACAACAGAGCACUAGAAUUGGUUCGGGAGGCAGGGUUGGGGGUCCUUCUCGUGAGUCCGCGUUCUGCUUGCUCCCAGUCCACCCAGACUGUUUCCACUUGCUGGGUUGUCAGCUUUGGGGAAGUUAUUUCUUUGACAGGUGUUUGCCCAUGGGCUGCGCCAUUUCUUGUGCCUACUUUGAAAUGAUUGCAACAUUUUUGGAAUGGGUGGUUUCUCAGGUGGCGGGUCUGUCGUCCAUGACCCACUACCUGGACGAUUUUUUGUUUGUCGGUACAAGGGAGUCAGAGAGCUGCUCUCAGUUGUUCAUGGCCUUUCAACGAGUUUCGGUGCAGUUUGGUGUCUCGGUGGCGGAGAGUAAGACGGUGGGACCGACGGAUAAACUUACAUAUCUUGGUAUUGCAAUAGAUUCCGGCAAGGUGGUAUUUCGACUGCCUGAUGACAAGCUACGGGAGUUGCUGCGGAUGGUUGAUCUAGCUAAGGGUUCCAAGAAGGUUCAGCUACGGCAAUUACAGUAAUUGUUGGGGCAUUUGAACUUUGCUUGUCGGGUUCUUUCUAUGGGUAGAGCUUUCUGUUGGCAAUUGUCCCUCGCCACGGUCGGGCACUUUAUAUGCAUUACAAGAUGGCUUACAAGGAGCAUCUGCAGGUGUGGAGUGCCUUCUUGGGUGCGUACAACGUUUAGUUUUGCUGGCUGCGUCUUGCAGUGUCUAACAGUGAAUUGGAUCUGUUCACUGGGGUUCUAUUGGGUUUGGCACAUAUUUUCAAGGUCGCUGGUGUGCGGCGUGGAUCUGAGCUAACUGGUAACCUUACGUUCCUUGAGUUAUUCCCCAUUGUGGUCACAGUUGAAUUGUGGGGAUUGGACUUCACAAACAGAAAGGUAAUUGUUCACACGGACAACAUAGGUGUGGUUCAUGUGAUCAAUCGGUGGGACCUCGUUUAAGAUGUCUGAGGCCCUUGAUAUGGGUAUCCUUGUCACAGGUGACGAGGAAGGCAUAUAGCGCAGUCUGUGUUCGUUGGUGGGCACUAGGUAGGGCCCAGGAGUUUUCUUCGGAGGCAGGUAGGUUGUCGAUGACGCUUGCUUUAGUGGAAUCUUUGUGUGACGACGGUAAGUCUGCAACAGUGGCCGGACGGUCUUGGUCUGCUCUCUCCUUCUGUUCCAUUUUUUAGGCUGGACGGAUGUUUCCAAGCCUUUUUGCAUUGCGCGGGCGUUAAAGGGCUGAAAAAGGGGUUACAGUCCUGACUGACGUCGUCCCAUCUCGGGGGCUAUCAUGAUUCAGAUGUUAGAGUUUCUACCACAGGUGUACGAGGUGUUACUAUUUCAGGUGGCUUUUUUUCUGUGCUCUUCAGCGCCCUUCGUAUUGGGGAACUGGUAGUGCCUAGAGCUGAUUCUCUAGCUGCAUUGCUGCUCUCUGACGUCUCGUUCUACGCACGAGGAGUUCUGUUGGAUAUCCACUGUUCCAAGACAGAUCAGGCAGGUAGGGGUGCUCAGGUUCGUAUUGGCUUUUCUGGCGGGCCAUUCUGCCCAGGUCUUCUGCUCUGGGAGUACCUGGGGGUCCGAGGAGGUCAGGUUGGUUCUCUGUUAUUUCAUCGAAAUGGUUUGCCCUUAACCCGUUAUCAAUUCUCCAGUAUUCUUUGGAAAUGUAUCAGUGGGACGGGCGGUGACCCCAGGCAAUACUCCUCACAUUCAUUUAGGAUAUGUGCAGCUACUCAGGCCAGUUUACUGGAGCUUUUGACUGAAGCGCUUAAACGGCUAGGUUGUUGGGAAUUGGGCCAGUUUCAGCUGUAUGUACGUCCGCACUUGUUGUAAGGUUUUAGGUGGGUAUAUUAAUGUUCUAACAUGUGUUGUUUGUUUUGUAGGACCAGUUAUGCGAUACGUUUGGAUUGUGGGACAUUCAUAUAUACUGGGCUGCCAAGAGGGCGGAGGAUAAAGCGUAUGGUCGCAAUUUGGGGUUUCCGUAUCAUUCAGUUAGGGUACGUUGGCGGAGGUUGAGGGGGUUGUGUUUGGACCAGCUGUAUGCAGAAUGCGCGAUGCUUAGCCACUGUGUUUCGGGUUCAGCGACCCUGGUAUUACAUGCGGGCGGGAAUGACAUCGGGCAACGGUGGUCGUCGAUUUCGUUCAUGCUGUGAGGCAUGAUAUAGCGUGCUGCUUGGCACUCUUUAGAGGUCUAACACUAAUUUGGUUGCAAAUUGUCCCAAGACUGGUUUGGCGAUUAAGUGGGAAUGGUAAGGCCUUAGAGCUCUGUAAGUGUAAAAUCAAUAUGACUAUAUUCCGGUUUGUCAGGAGUCUUGGUGGGGUGGUAGUUAGACACCAUGAACUGGAAGGUGAUAACUAACGUCAAACAGAGAUAUGGGGUUCAUUUAACGCCAAUUGGUCUGGACAUUGUUAAUGUUGGAUUGCUGCCUUGCAUAGAGGUCGUGCUGUCGGUGGGGGGGAAUAUGGAAGUAAGGAAAAGUGGUAUCUGGGGAGACGACAGUUUGUACAGAGCAUAUUGCUAGUGAUAGCUGUGCUAGGUACUUGGAAAAUGUAAUGAAGAACUGUCUGUUGGGCUCUCACCCAACUGACAGGUUUUAUAAUGUUAAUAAAGCUGUGGCCGUUGCCCUUAUCCACUUAAAAAGGUGCCCAUUGUGUUAUUGGGGGGCAAUGGUGGGAGGUGUAAAUGGGUCAGCAGUCAUGUAGUAUUGUGUUGUGGCAGCUCCUACCCAGGGCCGCCAUCAGGGGGUGACAACCAUAAUGGUUGUCACGGGCUGGGGUGCCUGGCCCCCAUGUGUAGCGGCGGAACUGCCACCAGUGCAGUUCCACCGGGGCCCGCACGCUGAUGGUGCCCAUCGGGUGGCCCACGCACUUAGGGCCACCCGAUGGGCCCUAUAUCUUCAGGGGCCCGGUCAGCGCUGUGGUUUGGUGCGACCGGGCCCCUUUAAAAAAAAAAAAAAAAAACGCAGCCGCAGCAAGUGCUGCUGGGAGGGUGGUCACUUCCUCCCAGCUCACUCCGCGCGGGAGGAGCGCACGCCCGGCAGUGAGGGAGAGCCAGCCAUUCCCAGUCCCAUCAGCCCCAGCCACCCUCCUGCAAAGAAAAGGUAAGAAACAGGCUGGAAAAUGAGCUGUGUGUAUGUCUGUGUAUAUGUAUGUCUGUAUGCAUGCAUGUCUGUUUGUAUGUAUGUAUAUAUGUAUGUAUGCAUGUAUGUAUGUUAUUAUGUAUGAAUGUGUCAGUAUGUCUGUAUGCAUGUCUGUCUUUAUGUCUGUAUCUAUGUUAUUAUGUAUGCAUUUAUGUCUGUCACUAUGUAUGUAUUGUGACAGAGUCUAUGGGAGGGUAAUAGAAGGAAGGUAUUUAGGACCCAGAAUCCUCCAUAGCCUGUACUCAUUCACCUGCCCAAUUAGCAACUGCUGAGGCUUUAAUUAGUUAGUGCUCAAAUUUGAGCUAGGAUUUUGUUUGUAGACUUUCCUUUCUGUUUUGCUGCAGUUUUAAACAAACUGAUUGCUGCAUGGAUUUUUGUGCACGAUGUAAAUAAACCACACCUUUUUCGCAUAAGAGACUGUUGUUCUAUACCUGUUACCCUAGAGGACUGUGUUGCUUUGCCCAUAAAGGUCACAGUAUAUAUGUCUGUAUAUCUGUCAGUAUGUAUGUGUGUAUGCAUGUAUGUAUGUAUGCAAGUAUCAAUGUAUGUCUGUAUGCAUGUAUGUAUGUAUAUAUGUCUGUCUGUAUGUAUGUAUGCCAGUUUCAAUGUAUGUCUGUCAGUAUGUAUGUAUGUAUGUCUGCAUGUCUCAUUAUGAACGUAUGUCUGUAUGCAUGCAUGUAUGGCAGUAUGUAUGUAUAUAUGCAUGCAUGUAUGUCUGUAUGCCAUUAUGAAUGUAUGUGUGUAUGGAGGUCAGUGUAUGUAUGUCUGUAGGUCAUUAUGAAUGUAUGUCUGUGUGUAUGUAUGUCCUCAUGCAUGUGUGUCUGUAUGUAUGUUAGUAUGUCUGUCUCUCACUAUGUAUGCCUGUGUGUCUGUAUAUGUGUGUAUAUCUCAGUAUGUAUGCCUAUAUGCGUGUAUGUGUGUCUGUUAGUGUGCAUCUGUGUGUGUGCAUCUGUGUCCUUUUGUAUCAGUGUGUGUGUUUGUGUGUGUAUUCCUAUGGGCGGGAUUUGGAGGCGGACCCUGUGGGGGGGAUUGGAGGCGAGCCCCAGACCCUGAGCUGAGUUAGGGGCCCCAAAAUUUCUGGUGGCGGCCCUGCUCCUACCUGUAGCUGGAGCCAUCCUUCAGAGUGGAAGCUUGUUUCCCACUCCCUUGUGGUCUAAUGACAUAUGCCAUGUUAUGGGAGGGCUGAUUUAGAACAAGGGGGCAGAGCUUUGCAGACAGCAGCCAAUUAAACUUCUGCAGGGCUGUUACAAUGCCUCAGGGAGGUCCUGCAGCAUCCAGGCUUCCAUAGUGUGUCCGUAGCAGCAGCUCUGCUCAAAACAGCGGCAGUGUGUGAGUUGUGAGGGGCGGCUGCUGUGGGCUUAGGGUAGCUGCUAGUUGCAUCUUUCACUAAAGUAGUGCCCUAAUAACUGUGUACGGGCAGAAAUAUUUAAAAACCCAAGUCUCUGGCCAGGUGCCAGAGAUUUGCAUUUUUGUGGCACCCUAAGGCGGCUGCUUGUGCCGCCUUAUGGAUGCGCCAGCCCUGCUUACAGUGCUGGUGUGUGUCUGUGUUUGCAAAGGGUCAGAAAGACAUAAAGUGCAAGGAAUACAGAUUUGUAUUCCUAGCACUAUAGUAUUCCUUUAAGCAUAUAGUUCAGAUACAUAAAAAUUUGCUGCAAAUAUGGCGUGCCUAGCACUGAUGAGCAACAUAUAUAUGGAAAUUGCCACCCUGUUGUAUGUGGACGUCAAAUGGUACUGGUAGUUAAAUGGUUAUUCUAACCACCAUGACUUGGGCUAGUUGCACCCCCUGAUCCAGGCUACCGAAUGUCAAUUCUGUGUAUAACAUACAUCCGUUUUCAGCACACACUACAUGUUGGCUGAAAGCAGAUGCAUACAAGGGGUGUAUUGACUGCAAGGGUAAGUGUUUUCUCCCAAUAAAAUUGCUAGUUUGAAAAAAAAAUAUAAAAAAUCCCAGCUUUGCUCUGACAGUGAAACGGUCCAAUCACACUUUAAGCUUCUUUAUGAGAUCUGUGAUUACAGGCAUACCCCACUUCUAAGUACACAAUGGGACCAGAGCAUGUAUGUAAAAUGAAAAUGUACUUAAAUUGAAGCAAUACCUUUUUUUUUUUUUUUUACUUCCCAAUGCAUGUACUGCAUUGCAAUAGUCAUUUACAGGCAUAACUGAUAUAAAUAAUGCAUUGAUAACUAAAAUAAAUUUCAAUGAUCAAUCUUAAGUUCCUCAGGGAAUCAUUAGUACUGUACAGUAAUACUGUAAUGUGUUAGGGCUACUCUUACAUUUUAUUGUUGAAUGACUAUCUGGAGGUGGUUAUGUCUAUCUGGAGUUCCCCCAUUGAACUUCCUAAAUAGAAUUGAAGAUUAUACUAGCUUUAGUGUACUAAUAAUCUUAAUUUUAGUAAUGACAGGAGGCGAAUAUUUGCAUAUCUUUCUUUACUGUAAACUCCAGCAGCAUAGAAACAGUAACAACCAAUCAGAGAAAAGAUAUGGUGCCCAUAAAAGGCCCUGUCUAUGACAUCACUUCCUCUUUCUUUGGUGCGAACAGUAAAUAACAAUAAAACCUAAAACAAAUUACGUUAACAGUUCAACAGCAUAAUAGUGAAAAUAACUCCGGUAGUUCCUUGAUGUAACGAUGUGGGAGAUGAGCCUUUGUCCCGAAUAGAAGACGUGCACACUUGUCGAGAAGGCGAUCACACUGCAAGACAAGGAAAAAAGUGAAAGGUCUCUGGCGUGAUAACUUGUCCGCAUAUCCUAGACAUAAUAAUCCUGCCAUAACACAAAACUGUCCGAAAGGGUUCAAGUAAUGUAUCCGAUUAAAUUACUGUAAUAGGAAGAACUAUAGACAUACAUGAUGUACAUAGAUAUAAGGUUACUACAUUCCAUCCUAUACCAUCCCCUAAACACUGUUAGGUACGGAAUAUACUCACCUAUGGUACAUGUCUUCCUGAACCUAUGAAGCAUUCUGUUCCAUUGAUGAAAUUAAGGGGGGGGUCCAAUAGGGUGGGAAAUAUUCGCCUCCUGUCAUUACUAAAAUUAAGAUUAUUAGUACACUAAAGCUAGUAUAAUCUUCAAUUUUACCACAUGACAGGAGGCUUCAUAUUUGCAUUUUUAAAGCUUGGAAUUGAUGAGUGUGAAGGAAGCAUGAGUUGUUUGACGGAAAUAGAAAGUCCUGAAAGUACUUUCCCGUGACCAGUCUGCGCAGCGCAUGAUGUCGAUUAGCGAGGCGCCCGCCGUUAAGGCUUGGGAGGCUGCCGCCCCUCUGACCGAAUGUGCGCCAAAGUGAGGUUCAACGCCUGCUAACGAUAGUAGCCAGCGGACCCAUCUAGCCAGUGUAGUCGUGGACACCGGUCCAUGAGGCUUCACAUAGGAAAUCAACAGUUGACCCGUCGAACUGGUUCGAAGGGGAGCUGUGGUUUCCGUAUAUCUCAUAAGCGUCCUGACAACGCAUAGUUUGGGAUCUGAGCCAAAGUACGGGUACGAUAUCGAGGCGGAAUCCGAUUUGGUCCGUCUUGAUAUGGAAAAAAUAACUCCUUCUGGAGUGAUGGAGAACCCGUCCACGUCGAAUGCUCUAACGUCUGACACUCGCCGGAACGAGACGAGACAUAGUAAGAGGGUCAGUUUAGCUGAAAGUUGUUUCAGUGACAGAUAGGGAUUAUCUGGCCAUGUUCUAAGAAAAUCCAGCACCACGUCUACCUGCCAGAGGUUAGAAUAUUUGGGUGCCGGUGGUCUCGUUAGUUUAGCGCCCCGUAGAAGUCGGCAUAUCAGUGGGUCCUGACCCACUGGUCUGCCUUGUAUCGGGACGUGUGCCGCCGAUAUGGUUGAUCUGAUCACGUUGAGGGAUCGAUACGAUCGUCCCAACGAGAACAGAUGAGCUAGGUAGUUAAGGAUCAGUGGGAUAGGGGCAUUAAAGGGAUCGGAGUCCCGUUCCACACACCACUUACUCCAAGCCGCCCAUGCGGACAUAUAGCAUUUCCUGGUGCCUGGAGCCCAAGAGUCCCAUAGGAGGUCCUUAGUCGAUUGUGAUAGGCCGUGGACUGACCAGGAGCCCCUGAAAUCGUCCAAGCCACUAGUUCUAGUUGCCCUUCCAGGACGAGGGGGUGUGGUUCUCCUCGAGGUCCCGUCAGAAGUCGUGGGAAGGCAGGGAGUAGCCGGGGGUGUCCGUGGGACAUUUCCAGGAGGUCUGGGAACCACGGUUGACUCUGCCAAAGCGGGGUUAUCAGUAGAAGCGAUAGUUUGCGGGUGCGUGUGUAUCGCAGUACCCGUGGUAUCAUGGAGAAUGGUGGGAAGGCGUAAGCCCCUAGGAUGGGCCAGUCUUGCAGGAAUGCGUCUGCCGCUUCGCUCUUCGGAUCUGGGAGCCAACUGUAGUAUCUCGGCAGUUGGUGGUUGGUCCUGGAGGCGAACAAGUCUAUUGUUAGCGGGUAUGUCCCUCGCCGUAAUUCUUGGAAUAUCUCCCUGUUGAGUUUCCAGUCGCUGGUGUCUCGCCAGUGGCGUGAGAACCAAUCCGCCGUCAGGUUGGCGAUUCCUGGUAGGUAUUCCGCCUGUAGCGUGAUGUUCCGACGCAGGCAGAAGCUGUAGAUGUCCUUCGUGGCCUCUGUCAGUGCUCGAGAUCUCGCUCCGCCUAGGCGGUUGAUGUACUGUACCGCCGAAAUGUUGUCCAUGCGGAGCAGAAUACAGCAAUUCGAUUUGUCCUUGGCCAGGCUGCGGAUGGCGAAGGAUCCUGCAAUCAGUUCCAGGCAGUUGAUGUGUAGGUUGGUCUCCUCCUCUUGCCAUGGGCCUCCCGUGGAGGCGUCCGCGCAGUGAGCUCCCCAUCCCCAUAGGCUGGCGUCCGAUUCCACGAUGAAGUCCGGGGAGGAGCCGAAGAUAGCCUUUCCAUUCCAGGCUUGCAUGUGUAGUAACCACCAUCGAAGUUCUGUCCUCACUUCCGUCGACAGUGGGAUCCAUUGGUCGUACGAGUGCCCAGUGCGGAGGUAUGCCGCCUUCAGCCGUUGCAUGGCCCUGUAGUGGAGCGGGCCUGGGAAAAUCGCCUGUAUGGAGGAGGAAAGGAGUCCCACGAUCCGAGCGAGCAUCCUGAGUGGUAUCGUGUCCAUCCUCAGAACCCGUCUGAUUUCCUUCCUUAUCGAUGCUAUCUUUGUCGAGGCGAGGCGUAGUACGCAGUCCUUCGAUUCGAUAUCGAAACCGAGGAACUGAACCGACUGGGAAGGAGAGAGAGACGAUUUUUGUCUGUUCACUACGAAACCCAAAGAUUCCAGCAAGUGAACGACAAACUUUGUCUGCAAUCGUAGUCUGGAGGCUGAUUCGCAGAAAAUUAGCAAAUCGUCCAGGUAUACGAGACAUCUUAUGCCGCGGGUUCGUAUGUGCGCCAUCACCGGUCUCAGGAGCUUCGUGAAGCACCACGGGGCUGAGCUGAGGCCGAACGGCAGACAUGUGAACUGGCAUAUCCGUCCUCUCCAUAGGAAGCGGAGGAAACAUCGGCAGUGAACGCUCACUGGAACGGACAGGUACGCGUCCUUUAGAUCCAGGCGUGUAAACCAGUCGUUCUUGAUGAGGAGGUCUUGUAGAAGGUGGAUUCCUUCCAUCUUGAAAUGCCUGUAUACCACAAACGAGUUCAAUUGUCGGAGGUUGAUCACCGGUCUGUAGUCGCCUGUUUUCUUUUUGACCAGGAAGAUGUUGCUUAUAAAGCCUCCCCCUUCUGGUGCGUAUUGUAUCGCGCCUUUCCUGAAGAGUGUGUGGAUCUCCUCGUCCACCAAGAGUUCUUGUUCCUUUGACAAGUGAAUCGGAGGAGGGGGGUUGGGUUGUAUGGGUUUUGUGAAGAAAUCUAUGACGAAGCCUCGUACUGUCUGUAGGACCCAGGCGUCUUUGGUAAUCAGCUCCCAGUUCUGAAAGAAAAGGGACAGGCUGCCUGCUAUAAAGUGUGAGACAUUUUGGUAUGUAGGGGGACUCACCAUUGGAGAAACGGCCGCGUCCCCGACCUCUGAAUCCUCUAGACCUCCCCGUCCCUCGGAACGAAGAGGGCCUUUGCGUCGUAGAUGGGAAGAAACUUUGGGUCUGUGGGAGUGAUCUGGAACCGGAGGUCCAAAAACGGCUGGUGGCUCGGUUCCGCUGCCGACCAGCCCUUCCAAAAACACCCCUUGUAGUCGGGGUAUGAAAACUUGUUUGAGUGAGGUUUGGGCCUUAUUCAAAGUGGUGAAAAGGUUCACGUGCUUUUUGAGUUCCGUGAUAAAGGCGUCGCCAAACAGCUGUCCUUGGGCUUUCGGUCCGAAUUCUUUCGCCCCGAGGUCCAGGAGCUUACUAUCAAUGCGGAUGAGUGCCGAUCUGCGUCUUUCGGUGCACAAUGCGGCAUUUGCGUUGCCCAGAAGGCACACCGAUCUUUGAGCCCAUUCCCGUAUGAUGUGAGGGUCUAGUUGGGAGCCUUGGCUGAGGGCUAGGUCUGCGAAGUAGAGUAUUUUCGCAAUGGGGCCGAGUAGGUCCAGCACCUUAUCUUGUGUCGCCUUCAUGCCUUUUUCCACUCCCUUUCGGGGGUCUCGGCCCGAGCGUGACAUAAAGACCACAACUGUAUUGUCAAAUUCAGGGGUAAGUGCCACUUUGUCGGGUAACAAGGGUCUGGGGCAUUCGGCCCGGAGACGUGCUCGUACCUCCUUUUCUAAUGGCUUGCGUAGCCAGAAGUGAAUGAACUUUGUCAGGUGGUCUGGUAAGCUCCACUCGGAAGACCGUGGGUGUCAGAUGGAACGUGGGUCGAAGAGUGGGUUCCCUUGGUCAUCUAUAAACACUCCAUCUCCGGUCUUAUCCGUGUUGCUAUCUCUGUCUCGGUCGGUGGUGUCGAGAAAGGUCUCCUUAACGUAUCUCGAGGAGGUGGGAGGUAAGUCCUGCCAUUCCUCUUCAUCGGAAAUUGAUUCCUCCCCGUGCCACUCGUCGACCACGUCCAAGGUGCGUGGUACAUAGGAGUCCUCUUCGUCGGAGGAUGGAAAUGGUUGGGGUGCGGGCUGUAGUCGGCCCGUGGUCUUACUCCGUUUGGUGGGUGAUUUGCCCCUAGUCUUGGUGGAAGGGGGGCUUAGAGUCUUUCGCUGUCGUUUUACUUUGGACAUCUCUGAGCCCGAAGCCUCCAUCCGUUCUGGGGGACUCAUGUCGCCCUGACUUUGGGGUAGAGCUUUCAAGAGGGCUUUUUCUACAGAUGCCGCCACUGCAGCAUUAAUCAUAGCCUGAAAGUCCUGACUAUUUUGGGUGUCUUCCAUGAUUUGUAGUGUGUUUUCCUCGGCCUGUUGGGCGAUAAUGAAAAUCAGUGGAAGCGGUGGAGGAGAGUCAGUACAUGUAGUGACAGACUCCUGGUACAACUGGGGGCCGCCCAGUUGGCAAAAAUUGUGCUUAGAGGCGUAUUGUAUAUGGGCUGUCGCCUAAUACAGAGGCCGCCUGAUAUGAGCUCAGUGGUGGUGUAUAGGUAGGGUUCGCCACAGUUGUACACCAGAGCUGUAUUGCACGUUAGGUAGCAAUCAGGGUUAAAUGUCAGUUGAGGGCAGGUCCUCGUGCAUAUACUCGGGGUUCACCCCGGGUGGUGUGCCGUGGUAACCAGAGGACACCCACAUAAGAUAAUGGUCAGUGACCUUGCAUGCAUAUCUGGGGGGUCACCCCAGGUGGUGUGCCAUGAAAAAAUACCCAGAGGACACCCACAUCAGUUUGCACCGUUAGGUACAGUAAUAUAAUGUAACCCUUGAAGGGUGUUGCAAUGUAAUAUGCCCUUGGCUGUAAUGUAAUAUGCCCUUGGAGGGUACAGCAAUAUGGUAUGACCCUGUAAAGGGUCUGGUAACAAUAUGCCUCUUGUGAUUAUAUAGAAGUAGAACAAUAGUGUGAUUGUAAGGAUACAGAUGUAUGUAACUUAUUGCAUGCAGUAUACAUGUGCCCAGAGUAGUGGGCAGUAGGAGGUUAAAAUCCAGCCAUCCUUUUCUACCCCAUAUAAAAAAUGAAAAAAUCUAUAUAGUGUGGUCCUUAGUAGGGGCCACCUGUAGGGGCAAUGGAGUUGUGGAGCGGUGGUCGGGUGAUUCCCGACCCGCUAUACCGUAGGUAGAGGCGGCCGCCGAGGAUCUCGCGAGAUGCGAGAUCCAAGAUGGCCGCCGGCCGCGAAUGCCGCCGACCGCGUGUGCACCCGUUCGCGGCCGCGGGUGGAAGGCGCGGCGGGAAAAAAUAAUAAAACUACCCGGUCCCCUUCUACCCGUCCCCACGAAGUCCCCGAGUGAGAAGGGAGUAGGUCCGCGUGGCGAGCACGGCACCGGCAGCCGGCGCCCGCGGACCUUCACACAAAAUAGGGAAGUCUGAAAAAGGAUAUAUAGUAGAUAAGGAGGGGAAGCAGGGAGACAGGUGUAGAGAGCCAGGAGUAGUAGGAUAUAAAUAGUUAGGUAUAAACAUCAACAAGUAUAAUAAAUUAUAACAAGCCACAGAGGGUAAAAAUACUCUGACCUGUAGGCUGGAGCAGCAAAGAAAGAGGAAGUGAUGUCAUAGACAGGGCCUUUUAUGGGCACCAUAUCUUUUCUCUGAUUGGUUGUUACUGUUUCUAUGCUGCUGGAGUUUACAGUAAAGAAAGAUAUGCAAAUAUGAAGCCUCCUGUCAUGUGGUAAAAUUCACAAUGAUCCUUUUCUUAGGGUCAUGUUGAAAGCUUUUGCAUUCAAAAAUAUUGUCAAUUUCUGUGUCCUUCAGGAAUAUCCAAUAUGUAUUCAGAAGUUAAUGUACACUGUUUGUAUAUAUCAAAAAGCCUUAUACUGUACAUUGUUUUAUUCCACAUGUCUCUCAUUCGACAGCUUAGGAAAGUUUGUAAUGAGUUGUGACUCAAGUUGAGUAUGCCUGUAUACUGCACGGGACCAUGGCUGAUGUUACGAGCGGGUGUUGGGUUAAUCAUGUGAAUCAGGAAUCCCGCAGCAUAUAAAUUCUACAUCCUACAGGGCACCAUUUUCAUGUACUGCCAAUCAACAUAAUGAAAUUAUGUUUAAUCAGGAAAACAUGGUAGAUCUGGCACGUUUAAUAAAUUAAGCGGACACCAUAGGCACUGUAUCUGCUUCAUCUCGUUAAACUGGUUCUACUGUCUGGAGACCCUGGCACCAUAAUUUCUUUCAGCAUUAAACAGUUUUUAAUGUUUUAAUGCUAAACAAGAGUCCCUGGCAGUCCAUCCCCUCUGUGCUGCUUUGGCUAAUAAGGAAGUAUUACCCUGAGAGGCAAUGGGCAGCUGUGAUUGGCUGACAGUGUCAGCUGACUGUCAGAGUUCCAACUGACGGUAUGAAUGGGUAUGACAACAAGGAUGUUUGUAAUCGCUGCCUUAGCUACACAUACUGAAGGGGCCGGACUGUGGGUGGCCAGGGACUCUUAAUUUGUGGCAUACUGCAUGAACAUGGUGCAACACUGAAUGGAGGGGCAGUGCCCGGGCACUCCAGGCACUAUAACCAAUUCAAAGAGAUGAAAUGGUAAUAGUGACUACAGUGUCCCUUUAAGUUUCUUUUCCUGGCUAAUCAUGGCAGCAUCACUUGUGGGUAGCUCUGCCCCCAGCAGGAAACAGGACAGGAAAUGAUUAAUGAAUUAGAACAAAGACUGUGGGAAUAAAAGGUCUCUCCUCCUUCUACCACUCUGUCUUUAUUUUCUGUCCUCAACAGAACAAACAGGAAAUAUUUUUCAAAAAAACUUUUUAUUUUGGGCCACCUUCCCAUGUGUAUCAUGGGCCUUCCAGUUGAAGUUCAGCCUUUCUUCAUCUGAAGAACUCAGUAAACAGCCUGCAGGAGCAGGACUAACUGAGUUAGGCACAGUUUAGUUAAUGUGCUGCACCUUGGGAUUAAAUUUGGAUUCCAAAUACAGAUUUAAGUUUAGGGAGUCGUAAUACAGGGGGUCGGCUGUGCCUUAAAAAUUCCCCUUAUAAUAUGAUCCCCCAUGAAGAUUUCAUCUUUUCUAGCCUGUCUGGACCAAAAAUAUUACAGAUUCCUGGGUCCUUUUUAUUAUAAAAGAAAGAUACAAUAUAGAAUUCGGCUGCUUUCCAAAACAGAAUUUCUUCAUAAGGUGUUGAAUACCCAAAGGAGAAAAAGAGAGAGCCAUGAGAGAGUGUAUUUUACAGUUACUCCAAAACCAGGUUAUAGAAGACGUCCUGUACAAAGAACAGUUCAAAGGCACUUAUUCUACGGUCUUCCUGGCUCCAAAACCACAGGGAAAAUGGAGACUAAUUUUAGAUCUGAAUAAUCUGCAUUCCACGCUACAAUCAAGAAUGUUCAAGAUGGAAUCAAUCUUCACUAUUCUCCCCAACAUCAAAAAAGGAGAUUGGAUGAUGUCUAUUGAUUUAAAACAUGAGUCAUUGAAGAUUUCUUCGAUUUUGGGUCACAAACAAACAUUAUAAAUUCAGAGGUCUCCCAUUUGGGUUGAGUCUGGCUCUGAGAACGUUUUAAAAGAUUCUUAUUGCUCUGGCUGCCUUCCUUUGAAAACAGAAUAUUGAAAUAUAUCACUAUCUGGAUGAUUUUCUGAUUAUAGGGUCAUCCUGUCAUACAGUUUCCUUAAACACCCAAACUGCAAUAAAUUGUCUUCUAAAUCAUGGAUUGAAGAUACAUAUGGAGAAGAGCUUAAUGUCUCCAACCCAAAGAAUGAUAUUCUUAGGAGCAAAUAUAGAUACCAUCAAGGGGACAGGGACUUUAUCUACAGGAAAGAUGGUGAAAACUCAAGUAAAAAUUCAGAACCUUCACGACAAACAAUUCAUAUCAGCAAAAGAAUUUAUGAGUAACCUGGGCUCACUCACCACAACAAUAGGAGUAGUAAAAUGGGCACAGUGGAAUAUAUGCCCAAUAUAGAUGGAAUGUCUACAUCAAUUAAAAAAGAAGAUAUGCUAUUGUGACCAGAAAAUCUUUCUUCUCUACAUAAGAGAGAAGCUGAAUUGGUGGGUAAAAAGAGACAACUAUGUCAAGGAUUCCCGUUAGAAGAACAUGGCGAACCUACAAGGAUGGGGUGCCCCGUUAUGGCACAGAAUGGAAGUGGGGGACAUGGUCUCAAAGAGAAGAAACUUCACUCAAAUCUCAGAGAAUUGAAAGCAAUAUAGAAAGCACUGCUGAAUUUUUGUCCAUAUGUAACAGACAACAGAGCAGUGGCCUCUUAUGUGAACCACCAGCAGGGCAUCCUAAGCAGAAAUCUCCUGAUAGAAUUGUACCCUCUUAUGAAAUUUGCCCAAAUUAAUUUACAAGGUCUAAAAGCAGUAUACCUGCCAGGACCGGAGAAUGUUCUGGCAGAUUAUCUCAGCAGAUCGGAGAUUCACCAAGGAGAAUGGAAAUUACAUUGAGAGGUUUUUUAAACAAUAUCUCUUCAGUUUAGGGGCAGAUCCAGAACCCAAUAUCUGAAGGGGCACUGAAUUUUAAAAUUGGUGUGUGUGUGUGUGUGUGUGAGAGAGAGAAUAGACAAAACGGUACACGCGUAGGUUUUUUUGAGAGAGAGAGAGAAAACUGUAAAUCUGGCACUCAAUCCUGAAAAUAUAAACGAGAAAAUUUACACCAAGGUGCUGCUCUGCAAUGAAUAUGUAGAAAAUAAUGGAGAUGAGAGCACUCAAUGGAUUUUCAAAGUGAAAAAGUAUAUUUAAAUGUUGCCAAUACGGAUCAAUGUUUCGACCAAACAGGUCUUUAUCAAGAUGUUCAUCAAGAUCCAUCUUGAUAAAGACCUGUUUGGUCGAAACGUUGAUCCGAAUUGGCAACAUUUAAAUAUACUUUUUCACUUUGAAAAUCCAUUGAGUGCUCUCAUCUCCAUUAUUUUCUUUCUCUCUCUAUAAAUGAGUUAUUGCAAAUUUAAGCCAAACAUUUGAAAUUCUUGGAUAUUUUAGCCUUAAUUUUGCAAUUCUGCUUUGAAUUUACUAGUUUAGUAAAGACCCCAUGUGUGUUUGCAUUUCUGCAGGACUCAUUAAAGUGGCACUAUCAUGCCAAAUCCUGGUUGUUUUUUUUUAACCCCCCUCCGGCCUCCACUACAUCUAACUGACAACCUAUUCACUCACAAAUGCCCCUAAGCCCCCCACAUUACCUAUUUUUUAUUGCUUAUUUUCUGCCCCGAUCUUUAUUCAGGGUGCCACCAUCUUUGUGUGGGUAGAGGAAGUCCCUGUGGGACACGUCAUCUGCCCACACUAGAUAGCGCUGAGAGUCCCGCACACUUGGGGACCCCUAGUCAGUCACCUUGUGGGGGGGAAGGGGGGGAAUUGACUUAGGGCCCCCACCUGCCGCCCAGGGGUGGAGGCCGGGGGGGCACAGUAGGUCCCCCCCCUCAUUAUCUUUAUGGCCCCCACUCGCCGCCCAGGGGUGGGGAUGGGAGGACAGUAGGUCCCCCCCUCAUUAUCUUUAUGGCCCCCACCCACCGCCCAGGGGUGGAGGCCGGAGGGGGGGUGGACAGUAGGUUCUCCCCCCCAUUAUCAUUAUGGCCCCCACCCGCCACCCAGGGGUGUGGGCCGGGGGGGCAGUAGGUCCCCCUCAUUAUCAUUAUGACCCCCACCAGCCGCCCAGGGGUGGGGGCCGGUGGGGGGCAGUAGGUCCCGUCCCCUAAUUAUCAUUAUGACCCCCACCCACCGCACAGGGGUGGGGGCCAGGGGGGGACAUUAGGUCUCCCCCCCUUAUUUUACUUUAGGGGUGGGGGCCAAUAGUGGUUUUUUUUUUUUUACUGCUUACUAGACAUGCCCCUACUCGCGGUAUAGCGAGUAGGGGCAGUAUUUACUAAUACUAAGUAAUUUUUACUUAGUAUUAGUAAAUGUGGCUGAAAGACCAAUUUAGGUCUUUCAGCCUUUUAGUAGAUAGCUCCCUAAUUCCCACGGUAUUACGGAGCUAUCUACUAAGCGGCUGCAAGAUGCAGCCACAGCAAGAAUAGGAUCGGAGUUUCAUUCAUUCGAAUGAAAUUCCGAUCCGAAUAAAGUGCCGAAUUGCGUUCUAAAAGAAAUGAACAUACUGUUCUCAUUCAGUUAGAACGCAAUUCGGCAGUUUUGUGUAAAAUGACAGGAAGCAUCGCGGGAACACUGAGGAAAGGAAAGAAUUAUGGGAAACUUGCUCUGACCAGCGGAAAUGAAGCACACUUUGCUCCUCCGCUAAUCCUCCAUAAGGCAAAGAGUCCCUACUUUGUCUUAUGAUUUUAAAGAAAACUAAAGAAGACAGGAAGAAAAGAAGAACAGAUCCUGAGAGAGGGGGAGAAGAGGAAGAGAUUGAGGAAAGGUAAGUUCGGCAUGACAGUGCCGCUUUAAUAUAACACUUACUGAACAUAAGAGUUCUACAGCAGUAAAAGUAUCAUAUCACAUCAUCGUUUACCUACUAUCCUUUAUUACUCUGUACCUCUUUCCAUAUUGUCCCAUUCUACAGUGGUGUCCUUUUCUCCCACACUUUCUGUCCUUCUGUACACAUUUCCCCACUCUUCUUUUGUAACUUUUCUCAUUUAACCCUCCCACACUUUCAACUUUGUACAUAUUCUCCCCACACACUUUCAUCUUUCUCCAUAUUCUUUCCCCUCCAACUUCUGUCCCUUUUCUCAUAUACCCCCUCCUUUCUACAUAAUGCACACACAAUCUGCCCCUCUUUCCAUAUACUUUCCCUUAUUAACAGCUUAAAAUAAAGUGAUGCUCUGCCUACCUGCCCUGCUGCUAGUGUGGCCAAGCGGCAUGGGACUGAUGGUCCCAGCAGGAUCUCAGUGCUGUUUGGUGCCACCUGCUGGUAGGAGGUAGCAGUGAUAGACUAUAAAUUCUAUCCCUGCUCCGUAUUGCAGCUCAGGCACGAAUGAAAAGUCCUGAGAAGGACUCUGACUCCCAUGCUGCUGGGCUGUUCAGUGUGAGCAAUAGCCCUGUUGCCUGCGCCACCCCCUUGAUUUGAUGGCCUCUGCCAAUAAUACUCAUAUUCCCAUAUAUUUCUCUCUGCUUCCAGAUCCUCUAUCAGGAGGACAAGAUGCCAUAUCUCAACAAUGGGAAUUCGAUCAGUGGUAUGCAUUCCCUCCGCUACCAAUGAUACUUAAGAAUAUUGAAGAAAAUGUGGAAGAAGGAUUAUCACCAUCAGUUUUGCCAAGAGGUCCUUGGUUCCCUCUCUUGAACAGUACGAUCUUGGACCAUCCUUGGCCACUGCCUCAGAGACCAGAUUUACUGAUUCAAGGGCCGGCAGUUCACCCACACCCCAACCGAACUUGGGGGCCUGGCUCUUGAGAGGGAAAGACUCUUAAAUCAAGGAUUAUCUGAAGCUGUAGUAGAAACUCUUUUUUAAAAUACAGAAAUAAGUCCACAUCAGCAUGGUACUAUAUGAUUUGGGAAACUUUCCGAUCAUGGGCCAAGAAUAAUUCCAUUGACUUCCUUCAUCCUAAUAAUAAUAAUCAUAUCUUGAAUUUCCUUCCUUCAGGAUUGGAAAAAGGAUUGAGUCUUAGUACUCUGAAAGUACAAUCUAUGUAAUGUUUUGUAGGCCUCAGAUCCCCUAAUUAGGAAAUUUUACAAAGCUGUUUCUAAAUUAAGAAGUGACUUUCUCCUAUCAAUUCCUUUGCAGAGUGCAAACCACAUGUAGAAGAAAAUGUAUUUUUGUAAAAUGUACCUUUAUUUUUGUUUCUUCAACAAGUCCACACACACCUCUGUAAAACAAAAUAUUAAAGGGACACCAAAGUCAACCAGACUACUUCAUCUCAGGGGAGUGGUCUGGGUGCAAUUGUCCUAACCUUUUGACACUGCAAUGUAACAUAUUGCAGGACAAAAAUCCAUCUCUAGUGACUCUCAGUAUGGCAGCCACUAGAGUUGGUUCAUCUGCACAGACAGAGAAAAAAAUUGGUCAUGUGAUGUACAAGCACCUAUAGGAAAGAACUGAGUACAAUACUUUACUACAGGGAAGGUAUAAUGCAUGCACUGCUGAGCAUUGUAUUGGUCCAUCAUGGAGAAGCCCAUGCUUCCUCUGUAUCGUCAUAAAAGGCAGAGAGGUAAAAUGUAUUGAGGGAGCCUCAGUUGUGGGAAAAAGUAAAACUUUAAAUAAAACUUAUUUUAUUCAUUUUUGCUGGGAAGAGCGUCAGAGCUGGUCCAUGGAGGAAUGGAAGAAGGUUGCCCGAUCUGAAGAAUCAUGUUUAAUUUUUGAUCAGGUUAAUGGCUGGGUGCAUUUUUUUAUUUUUUUUUUAACCUGGGGAAGAGAUGGCAGCAGGAUACACUACAGGAAAAAAGCAGGCCAGCGGAGGUAAUCUUAUGCUCUACUCAGUAUUCUGCUGGGAAAUCUGGGCAACAAAUCUUAUCCAUUGAGGCCCCACCUCACAACUUGCAGAACUUAAAGUAUCUGCUGCUACUGUCCUGGUGUUAGAUCAAUUAAAUCAUAUUGCCUCAAAGCAGUUUUAGUAGCAUUAGGGAGACAUACAUGUUAGGCAGGUGGUAUGAAUGUUGUAACUGAUCAGUGUAUGUGAAGAUGUGUAUGACAGCCAUAUGCAUGCACCUUUAGUUGAACAGGUUGAAUCUGACAGUUAGCCUCUAUGGUUUUUCCUGCUUCACUACCUGCAUGUAGUAGUGACAUAAUCAAGUUGACAAAAAAAAAAAAAAUGAUGUGUGGGGAUAGAAUUAGUAGGAGCUGCUCUUUCACAAGUCUUCCCUACUUAGUAGAAUGUACAUAACAAUAACUGGUAAAGGGACACUAUAUGCACUCAGAACACUUCAGCUCAUUGAAGUGGUCUACGUGCAGUGUCUCUGUCCCACUUAGCGCUUCAAUGUAAAACAGCGGCACUAAGACAGCCUCUAGUGGCUCUCUACCAGAAAGAAUGUUACUUGAGUUUUGGUCCACGAACUGACAUUGGAUGUCUUCAAGCUCAGCCCGUGAACAUCCAGCGUCUGCUAUUUCCCCAUAGGAAAGCAUUGAUUCAAUGCUUUCAUAUGGGGAGAUCUAAUGCGUGCGGCAUUCGCCAAGGAUGCGCCUUAGCACCCCUUGUUGAGUGACUGAGGCAGAGCCGCGACCUAGCACCAAGGGAUAUCAAGGUGGAGGGUCAGUUAAGUAAACAAAGCAUUUUUAACCUUUUAUUCACCGCGGCAGGAGGGCAUAGCUAUUGCGCCAUUAAUACAGCUUUGUACUCCUGGCACCAUUGUAUCGCUAUAUAUAUAUAUAUAUAUAUAUAUAUAUAUAUAUAUAUAUUUAUUCCAUUUAGGAAUACUAUUGUAAAACACUAUUUGACAUAUCAGUUGUCCUCUAACCUUUGAUUUCAUUCACAGCUUUAUCUACUCAUGGAGAGUCAGUUGUACUUAUGGUCCCUCAUUCAUGUCUUUGAUGUGUCCUCAUCUAUUCCCUGAGCGUCCAUGAGACUAAAUAUUAUCUUCAGGGUGUGAUAAGAAAUUUUCAAAUAGACAUGCUUGGUCAAUUCGCUCCUUCUUUGCCACUUAAUUGUGCUUGUAUGGAGGGCUAGGUGAUAAUCAGAGUAAUAGAACUGCACCUUAAACCAGCCCACAAAGAUACUGUUUCUUACAAGCACUUCUAGUGAUAUGUAUGUAGAAAAAAACUGCUGCGGUUCAGUACUAACGCGGUGUGUUUAAAAAUCAGAAGUUAGUUUUUAAAGUGUGACUGCUGACUGCUUGACUGCUUACAUAGAACUGGUAUGUGGGUUUCAAAUAUCAGUAAUUCACAGAUGAAAGUGCCCAAACACUUUCAAAAUAAGAAUGCUUCAUGCAGCACUCAACAGUAAAAUCAGUCUUUGCUUCAAUUCUCACUUAAAAAUAAAUCAAGAUUUUCUUUCAAAACCAAAUGGUUCAGAAAUAUUACUUCUUGCAUUAUUUCAAUGUUGUCAUGUAAGCAGUUUAACAGAGUGGACUCAUAAGCUUGGGAGUUAAAACCCACAAAUGUGUAAAUCCAGGUAUGAACAGCCACAUCUUAUUCACCAGGACCUCUAUAAGUUGUUUAAUGCAAUUACGCUUUUAGAAAAACAAUGUUUGCCCAUUCAACCCUUACGGUUAUGCCAAUAAUAGAACCUCCCUACAUGUCAUGACAGUUCUGCUUAAAGGACCACUAUAGUUCCAGGAAAACACGCCUUUUCCUGGCACUAUAGUGCCCUGAGGGUGCCCCCACCCUCAGAAACCCCCUCCCGCCGGGCUAGAUGGCGAGGAAAGGGUUGAAUCUUACCUUUUUCCCAGCGCCUGGUGGGGAGCAAUCCUCUUCUCCGGCUGAAUGUGCAUGCGCGGCAGGAGCUGCGCGCAGAUUCAGCCAGUCUCAUAGGAAAGCAUUCAUAAUGGACGCUGGCGUCUUCUCACUGUGAUUUUCACAGUGAGAAGCACGCAAACGGCUCUAGCGGCUGUCAAUGAGACAGCCACUAGAGGCUGGAUUAACCCAUUUAUAAACAUAGCAGUUUCUCUGAAACUGCUAUGUUUAUAAAAAAAAAAAAUAAAUAAAGGGUUAAUCCUAGAGGGACCUGGCACCCAGACCACUUCAUUAAGUCAUUUAAGGGCUCCCAUCCAAGGUUUGCUCAGAUAUCCUGCUCUCAGGGGCACCAGAAAGCCCAGCAUGAGUAUAUCAUUACACAUACUCAUCUUGUGCAAAAUUAACAACUGUUAUGCCAUUAAUGGCUGGUUAGGAAAACUGCACUGCUGACCCACCCCCUUUUUCAGGCAUAGCUGACUCCUUGUGCACACCCAAUCUCCAUUCAUGUAUCCCAAUGUCAGGAGGUAUAUCAUGAGGCCUUGUUUAGAUAGCAAUUUCAUACCAUCUCAAAUGUUUUCCAGUUCUGGAUUCUUGCUUUUAACAUUUCCCCCCCACUCACUGUUUUGUCUUCAUAGCCGAAAGCACUUUGCCAUGUGCCCAGAACAUGCCCAUGGAUUGGCUAAAUUACAAGGAACACUUCUCAUCUCCUACAGAAAUGGGAGUAAACAACUCUACGCCAGAGGCAGUAAACAGUGGUGCUUUCUUCGUGGAGAUCUCUGCACAACCAGUAAGAUCAUGUAUUAUUUUAAUAAAUUAUCACUUUCUUCACUAUUCACCUAAAAACCUUCCCAUUCCAGUGCAACUCCAUAAAGGAAAGGACAUGUACAAUUUUUCCAACUCAUGCUGAUGGCUCAAGCUUCAGCUACAUCUAUCAAAGCUCAAGCAGGGAGAUGGCAGACAUGCUUUAUGAUUUCAAGUGAGUAGAAGUCUUACCACAGUUCAUUUUUGAAAAUUUAGGAAGCUCCUGCAGGCCAACCUUUAGAAAAUUAGCACUAGACUGCAGUUUAAUUAUAACUUUUUCCCCCCUUUCUUUCAGGUACCCAGCUGA